AUUGGUGACAGCUCAGAAGAAGUCCUGGAUUCAACACUUACAAGACGACAUCUGCUGGGAUUUCCAAAAUGUACCGCAGAGUCAGGACAUACAACCACAUAAAGAUGAAACGAUACCGAUACUCUUACAGUAGGUAUAUCUAUUACAACCUUACUUUUUUUGGCUUUUUCUUAACACAACUUUGGCUGUUUUCUUUCAUCUCUCUGCUGCAAACUAAAACAAACAUCAUAUUUAAACCAUAAUUACAGGCUGUGUGUUUGUCCAGGUGGUGUUUGGAUGCUGCUGAAAAACUAAGAAGCUUAAGCUAAAAUAAUUGGAAAUUCAGGACUCAUUUGCAAGUUCAUGCAUUCUGAUGCUCUCUUGUUUGCACAGACUAAUUUUCUGCUUAAAUAACUCCAGGUAUUCAUGAGGUAUUUUAUUCAGAGGCUCACACUGAUUGCAGUUUGUGUCUUGGCACUGCUUUUAUCCUUGCCGCGAAAAAGACUGAAUGUCCUGCACUGGGACUGGGAUCCACUCCGUGAUCAUUUUGAAGAAAAGCUGGUUGUUAGGAAAUUGUGGAAGAUUUGUGCACAAGUGCAAGUGUGUGUAUGUGCGAUGCAUGUGUGAUUUUGUGCAAAGAGGGUUGUAGUACGGUACAUUAUACUUGUCUCCAUUGAGCACAUGAAGCCGUGCAUCACACACACACACUCGCUGUCUCACACACGUGCACACCAAAUGAGUCAGAGAGUGCCAUGGCAAAUUGGAUUUACCAUGCAAUGCCCUCAUUAUUGUUACCAGGGUAACCAGGCACCCCUUCACAAUCAUGCCGUUUUGUCAUCCUUCUUUGAGGGAGAAAAGAAGCCGAGGUCUGGUGGAGGGAACAGAGACAGAGAGAAAGGAGGGACACAAAAGAAGAGGACAUCUCUUUUAACUCAUCUUUCUCUCUAAAAUUAGUCUGAGGGACGUAUCAAAGAUAGAUUGGACUAAAUCUGCCUGUAAAAACGAAAACUUUCUGUCCUUCUAUUUCACCUCAAACCCAUCGUAUCUGUGUGUCAUGGUUUGGGAGGAAAAGUCCCGUUAACUUUCACUCUCUGCCUUAAACUUCUUUUCUUACCUGCCUGUUCUUGUAGUCGGUAUCAGAGCAUUCUUGACCGGGGGUGGCAUGCUGAUGCUGUUACAACACACAGUUGCUCAAGUUUCCUGUACUCGGAAAUCCAGUUUCCACAAGAAUGAAUCCGGCUUCAGUGAUGCAACAAUAUCCUGUUGGAUGAUGGUUGAAUUCUUUAUUCUUCAUUUGAACAGUUUACGUAAAAACUGUGUCAGACAAGUUCACUCUUUUCAUCAGUGGCAGUCUGUCACAUAACACUGAUUUAUAUCCUGGAAAAGGAUUAAAAAGUGAGUCGUUUUUUUUUGUUGUUUUGUUGUUAAAGGCUCUGUGAGGAGUUGUUGACUGACUUCAUGUCUUUACAUGACCCACAUAUAAAAGGAUUGUCAGCAAAAACAUUGGAUAUUUCUUUACACUAAAUAUUAUCACCUAUGUUUGGGUCAGCUCUCUUAAAUAUGCGGUUAAGUAUAAGGAAGCAAGUUAGUGAGCAGAUUCAUUUUCUCUUUUAUUAUUUUUUAUGACAUCUUUUACUCACAGCUUAUAUCAAAGACAGAUCAGCAAAAGGGACCUGGAUUUUCCACUUAAGUUUUGAUUUUGGACUGAGAUUUUCUGCAUGCUUUUCCAGGUAAUAAACAGGAUCUGUAUGAUAGUGUGUGAACCAUAGACUGUGGACAACUUGGUUCCGCCUUCCGCCUGUAUACGGAUUCGAAGGAGAAAAGCUCUCAGCAUUUUCGUGAUUUUUCUCCACUUCUUGAAACCAACAUUGCGCAGUAGCGUUGUACGCAUUCGGCGGGAGAGUCGCAGAGAGUCGCUGUGAUGACACUCGGCUCAAACAGCGUAUCCCCCCCGGGUGAGUCUUCAUACACCCAUAGGCUGUAUCAGGUGUCAAUCAUAGAAAACAUGAAACCCCCUAAUAACUUUUAAAAAUGGAGCUGUACAGAAAAAAAGAGGACUUGAGCAUCUACACAGCUUGAAGUCCUGUGACUAUGACACGUUUUGUACUUCCUCUCUUUCUCUUAGUCUAUAACUAGUCAAACUUUGGAUGAACAAAGGUCAAAAUAAUGUCAUUUUCCUCUUCAGAUAACUUGACAUGAUGACCGAUGCUUCCUCUUAUGGUUAAAGUUGAAGCUAAAUUAAAAUUUAAGUUUCCAGUUAGAGAUCGGAGAUUAAUCAGAGCUAGAGUCAUGGAGAGAAAAAGGAAGUUCAGAUAACUCUGAACAAACUUUUUCGCUGAGACUCAAUUUAAAAGUUAUUGUUAUUGAAUCUCCUGUUUUGGUGUUUUGGUUUCUCACACCCAUUUGAGAAGAGCUGGUUGUAAUUGAAGAUUGUACAUUUUAAUGAGGACAUUUCCGAGUAAGUAGCAUUUUUGUCUGGUGUUAAUUACCUUCCUCUGCCUCUUGUUUUUCAGUUCUUUAUGGCAAUUUCAGCAUCUGCACUAAAAGUAGCAAACAUGCAAAAUAGCCUGCAUCCCAGAAUUAGCCAGGAUGCUAAUGAGUUGCUGUUUCCAUGCUUAUAACAGAUAUUUCAGUCCUCAGUAACAGGCGGCGCACUGAUGCAUAUUGUCAAGGCCAGAGGAGCGAGUGUGUAGGAGGCUGAAGCCGCCCAUUCAGCCUCCUGGGACACUCAUCAUCUGGCUCGAUUCAGAUGCCAAAGAGCUCCAUUGUUUGACCCCAUUCAAACAAAACCAUUGUACCGAGCGGGUCUGAUUGUGCUUUCUCUUUGCUGUGCGGGGGUAACAACUGUGUGUGUGUGUGUGUUGUCUGCCGGGUGUUUUAGUGGCAUUGUGGGUGAGUAUUACUAUAUGGACUUGUGUGUGUAUAUGUGUGUGUGUGUGUUCUUGGCAUUGUGCAUUUGCAUCCCUGCAGCAUGCGUUUGCAUUUCCCGGAGCAGGGGGGGUUUCUCUGCUGGUGACAACAAUGUAGCCAGUCAUUGAAAUGCAGAAGGGCAAACGCAGCCCAAACAUGACCCUGUUAGUCUCUGCCUGCAGAGCAACUCAGACUCAGAAAGAAAAAGGAAAUAAAAGUUGUUGGAACUUGCAUAUUUUUGUCUAACCCUUGGUUGUAUCUGUGUUGUGGUUCAUAAAUCAUCGUACAGUCACUCGCACAUGUGAUAGUUAUAGCGGUGAACAGAUGGGAGUGGGAUGUAUCUGCAUAAGACAGUGGGCUUUGCAUUACACAUGUUAGUGUUUUGUAUUUGUGCCUUUAAAUUAAACCACUAAACUGGGUUGAGAACAUUUAUGUUAGAUUUUUCAAUGACUACACUACCAAAAAGUUGGGUUUGAAGUCCUGUGGAUUGGCAAGACUGUUAUUCUUGACCUUUUAAUACCCUUUGCUGAUAAGAAAGUUGCUCAUUCACAGUAUUACAGGCACUGUAAGGAGUUUUUAGCUGGUCAAGAAGUAGCCUUGAACUGAUGCUGAUGCCUCUUUAUGUCCUCCAAAAUCAGAUGAGACCAUCAAAACCAAAGCUGAAGGUUCCUCAGUUGUAAAAAUUGAUGCCUGAAAAUGCCACAAGAACGUAGGUGUCAGAUCAGAUGAUUGAUAGCAAGCCUUAGAAAUAGCACAUAAAAACAAGUGAGUAAGUGUUUGUCAUUUGAUAUGCUGUCAUAUAGGAUGGUUAAAACAUGUUAUCAUUUAGGGGUGCGACAGUGACGUGGCAGGGUUUAGCAGACGUCCACUCUACGUAUUUAUUCACUUUUUCAAUCUGCCUUGCUAGCGCAGGUAUCAGCCUAUGCCUCAUAUUUAGAAUAGUCUACCUAUCGGAAGUUGUCAACACAGGCUGAAAAGCUGGCUGAGUAUAUAUGUGUUUACUGAACUGCGUAUUAUACAAUAUGAAAAAAGCCGAUUCAGAGCCUAUCGCACCUUGAAAUGCUACAUGAUUUGUAAAAGAUUUCUGCUUUUUUCUUUUUUGGGGGAAAAAUGUAGUGUUUAUUUUUCAGGAAAUGGCCCUUACACCACAUUUAGGCUUUAAAUAAGAGUGUUUUGUACUCAUACAAACAAGCCUUAACCUUGACACCACCUGUUUAAAAGUGAACCACAAAUGUGUUGUUGUGUGAAGCCUAAAGCAAACAAUGAAAGCCGAAGAAACAAAUCUAGUAAUGCUUAUGUUAGUGGAUAAGACAAGUGAGUUUCUUACCAAGUAAACAGUGGUUGUGCUCUGCUGAGUUUUUAUGGCCUUUAAUGCAACAGCUUGCACUUGCAGCCAUCUAUAUGUUCUUCCAAACAGUCUGUUACUGAAACUGAAGUGAAAAGAAGUUAAAAUUUGAUGCAGUUGUUUUUUGUUGAUAAUGGUCCAGCCAGUAAUGGUUUACUUCUUACAAAAUCCUCUGCAAUUACCUCGGACAAAGAGGCAUAAACAUCACUUUUAAACAAACAGUAAAAUGUGUUUAGACCCCAGAGUCCUUCUCAUGAUACAUGGGAUGUUUCUGUAUUGUCUGGAUUAGCCUCAGUGAAAAUGAGUUUGUCUGAGUUUCAGUCCUUUGAGCUUUGGCCCUUUGGAGAGCGCCAGAGGAGAGGAAGUCUGAGGGACGAGUGAUAAUGAAUUGACAUAAGGCCUAGUUUCUAUUUUGGUUGGGAACAGGUUUGCGUAAAUGGGAUGUGACUCAGAGAAACUGCAGUGUGAAGACGGACGAUAACAUGAUGUAAGAUACAGGAAGAAAUUCUGUGUUUGGUGUCUUUUUAAGUCACCAUUUGAGAGUAAACCGAAGGUCAAAAAGAGACAAGUACUUACCAGUAAUUUGAGGCUUGAUGUGUCUGAGGAGGCUCUUAGGGACGGUGCAAAACUCUUAAAAGCCGAGAUGAAAAAAUACAAUUCAUAACAGGCUGGACAGUUUUUGAUAAAUAAGGACAAGUUUAUUCAGAUCCAUCAUAAGUCAGUGACCAGGCUGCUUGGAAUAUAUACAGUUUUAUGGAUAAUUGCAGUUAAAGUGAUGAUACUCGUAAUCUUCCAGUUUCUAAAGUUGAAGCUGAAAACUGGUUUGAACUUUUUAAAAAUGUACCUUAUUGAUUUAAAGUCUACAUAGGUGGUCUUGCUGAGUGAUAGAGUCACUUAAGUGUCGUUGGGCAAGAUACUUGACUAGGGUGACCAUAUUCUGAAUCACCAAAAAGAGGGGACACAUCUACGCGAGGGCGGAGUCGCGGAUUGAGUGUUUUUCAUGCGCUUCUAACUCAUUAAGUCCACAUGACUCAAACUCAAAACUUCCAUAUAAAAUCACGGACAUUUGAUAGAUUUUAUAAACUCCCCUAGACAAGGCUGGACAGCCCCCAAAAAGAGGACAUGGUUGGGUAAAAGAGGACGUAUGGUCACCCUACACUUGACCCCAGAACCACCCCCAGUGUGAUGAUGUGUAAAGGGGAUAAGUUAAAACUGAUAGAGGCAUAACAUAGUGGUCUUUUCCGUCAAUGCUUGUGUGAAUGGGUGAGAAUGGCAUGUUAUAUUAAAACACUUUUAGCAGUCAGAAGACUCAGCAAAGUGCUGUAAAAGCACCACCCACUUUUCCAUUUCACCAGCCCAUGUUUGUCUGGUGCUCUUGUAAAUAAGUGGUUAUCCUGAGAUUGUAAAGUGUGUGCACCGUGCACCCUUAGCUUUAAGCUACAGCCAAACAUAGUAACACAGGCACAAGAGUAGCUCUUCUUUUGUUUUUAACGUCAUCUAGGAGCAUUGCAGUAGUUUCACUCCCAAGUGUUCAAAAUUGAUGGAUUUUGGGGGCUCUAGCUUGGAUCUCACUCAUGAGAGAUGAAUAACAUAACAAAAUCUUAAUGGGGCGCUCACACCAAGCACGAGUACAACCAUCUACUUGCUUAAUUCGCUCGCUUAAAGUUGAGACAUUUUCAGUUCUCGCCCAAUUCAUGUCAUUGGCGCCACCAGAGUUGUAGGAGCGCCGAAUUGCGUCUUUGCAUUGACUUUACAUGUUAUUCAUUUGCAUGGAUGAUUUUACUCUCGCUUGGUGUGUGGAGACAGUUACAUUUAAACCAAUAUGUUGUGCAUUUUUGAGAAAUGAGUUACAUAAACAAGCAUCAAGCAUUGGCAAAGUGAUAUCCUGAAAGCAGAGCUGCUCUCUGUGGUCCCAAAUAUCAAAAACUGUGACAACAAGAGGAUAAACAGAGUUUCCCGCCGUGUCCAUGGAGACUUUCGGCAGCUCAGACAACACCAGACAAUAUCAGCUCUUAAAAAUAGAGAGAGCAAUCAGUGUGGUCCCAUGAUUCAUAGCGAGCUGUGAAGGAAUUACAAGUAUAGCCAACCUCACACCUCACAUGCUAUGUCACAAACACACACUUUUUCACACCCUUUUGCGUGUCCGUGCUGGCUCAAAAUACUGAUUCUAUUUAUUCCUCUUAUCACCAGCCUCUCAAGCUGACUCAUGUAGAGCCAUACUGUGCAUACGGACACACAUGAACAGAUGACUGACCCCCCUCACCACCACCACCACCACCAUUCAACACACACAUGCGCACACUUACUCAUACAAGUGCACUCCAAACAGCACACUCUCACUUCAGCUUUGAACAGGAUGUUACGAAAUCAGCUGUGUUGCUGAAACUUGGUGAAGGUCGUUGGGAGUCCUCUCUCACCCACACACAUACACUCGCACUCACACACUUCACCUGGCACUUACACACAUCCUCCAGCGGAGAAGCUCAGUCCCAGUCCUCUGCUACUCGAGCAAGGAGCCUGCCGGUGGUCGGACCGACGCCUGAAGCGCAGAGGCCGAUCUGGCGUUGAUUCGAUUUUACAGCCCAGUCACUCCCUCGGAAGCUCUGAUUAGUAAGCCAAGGGAACGGGGUGGAAGGAAGAAGAGGAGCGGUGAUGGCUGUGACCGACAUUGCAGAGGAUGACCUGGAUGAGAUGAUGCGCGAGGAAGCGGAGGAUGUCUUCUCUGAGGACGGUAGGCUUGCCAAGGGUCAGUUGCAAGGUGUGAGAAAGCAGGCGUGGGUUUACAGGUGGGCUGAACCGGCUGCUGCGGCUCCGCACUGUGAGGAGGUCAGACUCUGUGGUUUUACACUUGUGGUUGUGUUGGGGUUAAGAAGAGGGUAAAAGUGUGGCCCAGAGGGAUGUCUUCGGCUGUGUAGGUGGAGUUGUUAUCUGCAUGGUUGAGUAGGCUCAGAUGUGAAGUGGUGCUAAAAACAACCUCCAAAACCUGAUUUAUCUGAGUGAAGAGCUAAAAGAAACCAUUGAGGCCAAGACAAGUCAUGUUUAUUUCUAAUAUAUGCAGUGAUUAAGAUAAAGAGUCAUUGUAAUGGCUGAUAACUCCUUCCUACUUCACUGUAGCUGGAGCUUUCUGGAGAGUUUGUCUAUUGAUUUUUCAACUUUUACCCUUUUUAGAAAGCUGAGAAGAUCCGUGCCCUCUGCAGUGUGGGCGGUCUUGUAUAACAGGCAGAUGUUUCGAACCAAGCAAUAUACACCACAAGAAAACAGUUCCAACACAUGAGAGUGUUUUUACUCUCAAAACCAGCUGUAAUAAUAACUUAAACCUGGCUGGAAGACUGACAGGCAGGAGAUUUACAGGGCGAUGGAAAUGAGGGAGAAUGAUGUUAGGGUGUAAAAUGAUAUAUGAUGUGCUUUUACCUCAGAGCAAUUUCGAAGGUAAUGGCGGCAAAUGAUUGUUUGGACACAUUUAUUGCUGAUAUUAUCAAAGAUGUGCAUUCACAACUUGGAGACAAAAGCGCCGUUUUACUGCAUUUAAUCUGACAAGUUAGAAACCAUUUGAUGCUCGAUCAAAAUAGUCGCCAGCAUCGUGAUAUAUGGAAGAAUGAAUGACGUUGAGGCACAGACUCAGAGUCUAUGUCUUAGUAUAUGACAUUCUGUAGACAACAACAUAUUUUCUCUCUUUACAUGGAAGGUUUUACACUAAAUACAUCUGGUCACUGAAUUUAGUCCACUUGCUAAUGCCUUUUAUCUACUUAUUGAUAUCUCACAAGACUGAAAGCUAUUUAACAUUCACCGAUGUUAGUUUCCUUAAGUUUUGUACUUCACUGUAAUUUGCUAUAUGCAAGAGUGUGGAGGUGAACUUCUAGAUGUUUUAUAGGAGAUGGCAGUUUGGAGGAUUUACUUCCUGCAAAACAUGUCAUACAUUAUGAGAUGACUGCUGAAAAUAAACAUGAACGAUGUACGCUGUAUCGUUGGUGCCUGUUCCUUGCUUCGAGAGGCAAGAGGGGAAAGGGUUAGGUCAAAAGGUUUCCUGGAUCCUUAAGUGUGUCAUUAAUUCAUAACAGGAGAUUUUUACUGAUACAGAACUGGCUGCAUUUUUAAAUUAGGGUGACCAUACAUCCUCUUUUACCCGGACAUGUCCUCUUUUUUUUGGGUCUGUCUGGCCUGUCCGGCUUUGUCCGGCUUUGUCCGGGGGAGUUAAUGAAAACUUCAAAUGUCCGGGGUUUUGUAUGGAAGUUUUGAGUUUGUGUCACAUGGACUUACUGAGUUAGAAGCGCAUAAAAAACACUUGAUUCGACCAGAAAAACUCUUAAAAUUAACUACGCGCAACUCCGUGACUCCGCCCCCGUGUCGUCAUGUCCUCUUUUGGGGGAUUUAGAUUAUGGUCACACUAUUUUAAAUAAAAGACUGUGAUUUGGUCAUCAUACCUGACACCAAAAGGGAAAUAGUCAAGAGUUUCUGUUGCUCCAGACCCACCUGCCAGCGUAAAUGUAUAUGAGCUGGUUGUUCAGGUUUGCUGUCUUGUCCAUCCAAAGCAAGGAAAAUAACUCACUACAGCGUUUGUUGUGUACACUUUCAUAUUGAGUCAGAGAAGAUAAGAGUAGUUUCAGCCUUCAAAUGUAAAGAACACUAGUGUAUAUGUGCACUGAGUGUAUUUCCCCAAAAGUCAAACAGUGAAUCCCCUUCCCCCCUUUAGAAACACACACACACAAACACACCUCAGGCGAAGUGGUCAGUCACACACAUGCCGUUGGCUCUACAAGUGCUCAUCCGUGUAUUAUCUGCUUUGAGAAGUGUUUAGGCGUCAACAGCUUGCAUUGUGCACAUUAAUGCAUGUGUAUUUUUACAUUUAGACCUAUUUAAGCUCCACACAGGCUCUCAACCCUACGCAGCAGCCUGACUGAUGAUGAUGAGUGGACAGUGAGGGGGAUAUUCCCUUUUAUUGCAUCAUUUGGUGUGUAAUGUAUGUUAAUGCCUCGGUUGACCCACUUCUGGCUGAGAUAUACCGAUGGUAAUGUGACGUUCCCUUUGAACAUCACAGCCAGGAGGUGCGCUGCCAGAUGACUCGCUGCAACAAUCCAGCCAAUCAGAGUGCGAGGAUUCAUGCCGAGGUUGGCGAGCAGGCAUUGGUGUGUUUGUUCACAGGCACAGUUGAAGGUUGCAAAAUAUAGAUCACAUAUUUUUCCUGUUCUAAUUAGCUCUUUGGAUUAGUCAGGGGAAUUAUAAUGUGUGUUUUGUGUUGUUGAAUAUUCAAGUGUUUUAUUCUGAUUGGUCCUGGAUGCACGUUUUUCUUCCACUGGCCUAUUUUCUUUCUUGAAUUAUUAGUGUCAUCAUGGAAGUGGAUUUGCAAAUCUCUGAGCUUUUAUCCUCAAAAAGAUUCAGUAUUGAAAUAGAUCAGCUUAAAAUUUACAAUUAGAUUUUCAAAUAUAUCUGAAUAUUUGAUCUGGACACAAACUUGAAUCUUUGAAACCAGCUGAAAAUAUUAAAAAUAUAGCUGCAGAAGAUAGAUAAUGUUUGAUAUUGCUUUAAGGAAUCAGCCUUGGGUCAUAGUAGACCACAUGAACAGAUGGGCGAAACAACACUAUAGCUGCUGUUAUGCAACAAUGCUUCUUGUGUGUGCUGCGAGUGCAGAAAUAGCUGUAAAAUGCACCAACUAAAUCAUUUAUUGAAAGAGAGACCGGCGAGGAAAUGAAGACUCCACGGUUACAUAAUAAAAAGGCAGAGUAUCAGAUGUCUUUGCUGUUAUUUCUGCACCUGCAGAGACAAUAGGUUGUAUUUGGCAUGGUUGCUCUUGCUUGUUAUUCUUUUGCUGCCGUGCUGCUGAAUUAUGACUAACGCAGCGCUACUUUUAGCCCAGCAGCAUAAAUGACAAAGUGCCCUCGCAGAGUAGAUACAAAGCCACAGGUUCACUUUCUCCCUCUUCUUUACUUCUCUCUCCUCCUCUCUCAGCCUCUCAGUGAGUCCACUUCAGGAUAUAUGAAUGAGGAAAAAGCCUCAGUUAGCUUUUUUCAGUGGUAAGAAUGUGUUUCAGCUCCAUCCCUGCUUAAGUCAAAACGGCUACUUUGCAUGAAUUUCUAAUAGGAAGUCAAGGGUUCAGGAUGCCAUUUUAAAGCCAAGAGAGUCGAUGAGUGGUGACAGGAAUUUCCAAUGGGUAUAGAGAAGUACAUUGACUGAUAUUACCAAAGUCUGUGUAAGAUUAGGAGACAUGUUCACGGUGUCUUUUGGAUUAUCUUUUGAUGUUUUUUAAGGCACAUUCAUAAAUGUAACCUUUCCAGUUGUGUCUAGGCGCCACAUCUCUGAAUCGCUGCCAUUAGUACAAAAUUUAAUGUCACUGGCUGAGCGACAGCUGUCUCGACCAAUUUAGAAAACAGCCAUGCAAACUGAGUUAAAGGUUCGAGAGCAUGACCAAGGGGAUGUCACAUCCUUUCAACACAAGCUUGCUGCAAAGCUGCCUUCGUGAAAAUCAUUGGUGAAGAAAGCAGCAAGCUUACGAUUAAAGCAGCUGUUUAACCUGUAGUGUCACUGACAAACCAAACUUACCUUUCAGUGUAUUUUCUUUAAAGAAAUAAAUACACCAAACAUGGACUUGUCAUUUUCCUGUGUUUUUUUUUCAAGGUCAGGUAGUUUAUGAUGCCCCUUUGAUUGACAGUGUCAUCCUAAAUUAAUUAAAUUAAAUUGAAAUAAAUUGGCGGCUCAGUCUGGAUGCCAAAUUGUUAGACACACAUAUCUCAGAAUAUAAAACCAAAAUCUGUCUAUGUGACGCUGUACUUGUAAUGCUAGAGAGGAUUGGUCUUUGCCUGGCUUUUGUCCUUCAGUUUUCAAUCAUGUGCCAACACUAUGUGGAUGCAGAUGAAUAUUUGAGCCUCUUCUAUGCGUGAGAUGAAAACUUUGGAUUGAUUUUUUAGAUCCUAUGAAAGCAGCUUUGUUCUUCAUUUGACCGUCAGGGAUCAGCGAGUUUAUGCAGAUUUUUUUUUCUUUUUUUGGAUGAUUUUCGCAAACUCAGGGGUCAUAGAGUUGUAUCAACAAGAUUAACAUACACAACUUGGAGGGUUUGAUGCUCUAACCCAACACGAUGCUACUACAAAGUCUCAGCUCGCCUUUUGUGAAAGUACAUGAGCCCCUGCAAAGUCACCUCUGCACCUGACUUUAUCCAUUUUAUUCAGAUUUUACAUAAAACAAAGCCAGACCCCUUGAGUGAUUUUUCACAUUUCUACACAACCAUAACUCUUCUUUAAUCCUUUGUUACAGCGUUUUAUUAGAAAUACCUUUUCUUUGAACUUAAUCCUCAAAAAAAAAAGAUUUAACCAAAUGAAACAAAGACUUUACUGAAAGACCACAGCUACUUCAUUGAGACCAAAAUAAACCCAACAAACUUUUAAACCCCUGCUUCUUCCUUUUAACUAAUUUAAAGGGCCUGAUUUUGCUCUGCUAGUCUGCUCACGUGGUUGGUACCAGAGAAGCACACAGUACAUAGCAGAAAAGCACAAGUGUUUAGGGUGUCUUGAAGGAAAGCCUCAAUAUUACAGUUUUAAUGGCUGAAAAAAUACAGCUCAGGGUAGGAUCGAUGGGGCCUUUAUUGGUAGGAAGAGAUGUUGUUUGGUGUCUAAAUAGCCCUGUGUUUGACUAACUGGGUCAGGUCAGAAAACAUCACAGAGCUGCUUUCAGUCAGGAGUGAGGAGCUUGUGGUAAAAGGAGGUCUUGAAACACCCUCAAUUAAAUUUACCCUGGAGAAGCACACAGGAAAUAAGUCUUCCUUUGACAUGCCAGUCUUCAGAGUCCUUUGAGUUUGUUGUAUACUGUUGCUCUUAGACUCUUUGUGUUGAAUUAAGUCCCUGACAUUUAAACCCAUGUGUGGCUCAGAGUUAAAAGUUAGUUUUGGUAAAGUUGAUCUAAAGUGAAGCUGGAUUGUUUUGUAAUGAUCUUGUUGUGCAAUAGGAUAUGUUUUUCACUCCGCCUCUUGACUAACAAUUACAUGACAAAACCUCUAAUUGCUGGGCUCAACAGCUAUUGUCUGUGUGUUUUCUCCUUUUUUACUUUGGUUUUUGAAAACCCUCUUACGGCAAUUAUUGACAAUAACAUGUCAAUCACUCCGAUUUCCAUCCAGGCUUUGUCCUCAAAUAGAUUUAGAGAAUACAAACAAAUCCUUGUCCGUAAAGUUGGAGGUGAAAAUACAACUGAGUAAGGUUAAACCUGUAAUGAUGUGUUUUCACCUGUAAUCUUUAAGUCCCUACUCCAAUCUCCUUUGCCUCGGGGCUUUUCUUGAAUGUUCUUGGCCUGACAGAACAUGCAGGUUUACUGUAAAGACCGUAUGUUGGUCUAAUUUCCACUGUACAGAGCUUUUCUUGGAACUAGGUUGUUGUAGGACAGCAUUCCUCUGGUAAUCUAAGAAACAAGGACUCAGAUGCUCUAAUAUGAGAAGAAGACAUUAAGGCUAUAAGCACCAAGUCUCAAAGCUAGUUCUGGUGACCUCUAAGCUUUAAAGUGUUUUAUGAGCAUAUUAACCUCCAUUCCAUUAACCUUCUUUUAAAUGUCUCUGACAGAAACUUUAACAAUUCAAGCCCAGUUCUGUGUUACUAUUUUGAUGUUUGCUUACCGCUCCAAAAGUAUUUUUUAUAUAAUUUAAAGUGUUGUCAGUGGUCUUUAGAUUGUAAUUAUGAAGUUUUAAGCCAAAAUCAUGUUAUCUGUGUCAUUUUCAAGGGCUUUUUUUCUGCAGAGCUCCAGUUGCUCAUUUGCAAUUUGCCUUUGACUCGCGGGCGGAGACAGCGCUGCUCUGCAUACUCCUCUUCAUACUCCUCUUCAUAUUAGCUUGUGGCCAAACAUUGCCGGCGCAACAAAAGUGGCAGAUAAUAUAGGAGCUACACUAAUAUCUUUGUGCACAUGAUCCAAGCUAACAUCAUAAUUAGCUUUCUUACGAGCAUUGCUAUCCGCUAACGCAAACAUUUGUUCCACGAUCAUCCUUAUACUUCUCAGAGUCUGGCCUGCAGAGCAGGGCACAGGGGGCGGAGCUUGGAUUUGUGACAUAGAAAAUCCCACUAUGUCUGAAUCUGCCGUUUGGGUCUGUCAGAAAUUCACAGCGAUUUUGCAAAAAUACUCAGAUAUGUUAUUUCACACUCAUUUUUCUUAUGAUUUGUCCUGUAGCAUCAGAAAAAUCCCAUUUGAACAUGUAGACAACAAGAAAAACAGGAUUUUCACCAGAGUGGGUCCUAAAAAGAGCCAAACUAAGCCUCUAGCUAACAUCAACACUCACUUUUCUGAUGCUAGUGUCCACGUUAGCAAUCCUUACAUUGAGCUAGUUUUAUAACAUAAAUAUAUCAUCCACAGAAACAGCCACAUUUGCAGCAUUUUUAAGACUUGAAACCUGAUCUGUUAAUACAUGGGAACAUUAUUCAAAGCCAGCCUGUAUCUGAGAAAUACAAAGGCUAUGGAAAAAAAGUGUGAUAUUGAUUGUGUAUUAAGGCCAGAAGAUUGAGCCACAUAACCGCAUCUUAAUUUAAUAGUGUGGAGUUUAAGGGACGUUAUAAUCUAAUCAAGACUUCAUUUAAUAUGAGCUAUGAGUGGCACUCACUAUAUUAUCUCGCUGAUGACAUGAAAUCUAUCUCACUUGUACAGUAUGAGCUUUCAAGUGCUGCCCAGAGGGUGGAACAGUGAACCACCCCCACUGCACAUAUAACACAGUCACACAGUCACACAGGGAAUUAACAUGAUAUGCAGGGCUCAUGGAGGAGACUGCAAGACAAGAAACCAGGUCAAAUUUCACAAAUCCAUUCCUCUCUCACUCUCCUGUCUGGACUUGCCUCGUGUGGUAAACCCAAUGUAACUGUAUCCUCAUCUCGGUCGACACAAUGCCCAAGCAGAUUCAGUGACUGUGAAGCUUUAAGGAAGAUUUUCUAUCACAACUACCUGCAGCUGUUACUUAACAUCAGGAAAGAGAGGAAAUUGCUGGAAAAGCAGGUUGACGAAGAGUAAAAAAUCAGGGAAUAUAUUGAAAAGCCAUUCUGCCAUAUUUCAUGGUCAUUCUGAUCCAACCCCUAAGACUGAGUUUAACUGGGCUGCACCAAAAAUGGUGUUAGGAAACUUUUUGUACGUACAGUAACUUUACAGCACUGAGUCAAAUCAUUGUUUGAAAGUAACUGGAAGUUGGAGGAACUUUGGGAAACAAGGACUUUUUAAAGUGUUGUAAGACUCAUUGUGGAUGGAAAUCAAUGCAAAAAAAAGUGAGUUGAGCGUGUUUGUCUCUUGGCAGCAACAUGAACUUGAAGGGCAAGAACAGGUUAGAGGCCCCAAUCAAUCUGUGCAGGAGCCAGAUGCAAACUAGACUUAGUAUCCCGAGGCUUGACUUGUCAAUACUUGGCAACUUUAAAACUCAACUGGAACAAAAAUGUGUCUAAGGAAAUACUGGAAAUGCUUAUCAUGAUUUUUUUAUUAUUUAAAAAAAGAAAUCCAUCAAAUAUUAAGCCGUCAAACUGAAUUUUACAAUUUUAAACCACUUUCUUUUGUUUGCCUGCUCUGAUGAUACAUGUAGACUUGUCUGCAGCUAAAACUUUUCAAUCUAAUCAUAUUUUAACACACAUGUAUCUUUAUUUAAAAGCAUUGCUUAAAAACUGCAGUAUAAGUAGAUGUCUUAAACUUAAUAUACUACCCUUGCAGUUACAACACAGAAUAAUUAAUUUGACUGAUGCAUUUCCAUCUUUGAAUUAUGACACAUAAACAGAGUGACUCCCUCCUCCCAAAGCUUAGUUUCCAGUGGGUCAAAAUCAUUAUAUGGUCACAUGAUUCUGUGUAAUAUCAAAGCUGCAGUGACAUACAUGACAGAUCAGUUUCGAGCCAAAGAGGCCACUGCUGAAGGAGAAUGAUCCAAAGCUGACUUGAUCUACUUGCCCUACUGUAAAACACACACACACGCUCGUACACGCGCUCACACACAAUGACCAACUCCUCUGCAGCUUUACACACAUAAACGCCGCCUUUCAUCCUCAGUUGCCACACAGUGACAGCCCUCCCACACAUACACCUCCACUGUCUGGCCACAGAUGUGGUCUCUGUCAGCAGGAUGGAGAUCGUGUCAGUGCUGUAGAUUGUUCAUUGGUGGCUGUAGUGUGACUUGGGAAUAGCUCUGACCUGAGGGGACCUACAGUAGCUGGAAUAUUACGGCUCUGCAUCACCCUCUUCCUGCUUCUGACAGUUGGCUCCACUGACCUACUUUUGACAAAACACUGUAACUAUGAUUAUUUCCUGCAGUUAAAGAAGGAGAGAAACAAAACAAGGAAAGCCUGACACGUAAAAAGCAUUUCUGCAAAGAUUCAGGACUUCAGGUGGAUUGUGCAACGGUGCAACAUCCAGUAAACAUAUGAUGCAAGAGAUGAAAUCUUUAUCAGCACUUGAAGAUUAACCUUUCCCUGCAUUUUUGGUAGAGAUAUUAGCAUACAGUUUAUGUCCUAUGGCAAUUACAUGGCACUGCUAACCUUUUAGUUCCAGUUCCCGUUUGUUACCAUGACAAUCUGUUCUGCGGGUGGCACUGGGCGGGCCAGGUUUACACUCAGUGGUUUGGAUCCCCUCUCACAAUGAGGUAAUUCUGUUACACAUGAAACCUUUACUAGACCACCCAAAAACCUCCAUGAAGAAAGAGCUUAAUGAAACAUAACCUGGUGCACUUUUGGUGAUGAUGUUCAGCUCCUUGUUGCGCCCCCACUCACAAAAGUGUAAGUUAUUACAUUUCUAAGAAGCAAACUCACUGUUAUUGUCACCUCCUCUGUAUCUGGAAUACUUCAAUUCAUACAUCCAAAAGAGGAAAGAUUCAAAUAUAAGAGGUAGCUUCUCCUAAAGAUGAGGUAUAAGCCUAAAAAUGAAAGUACUUUUGAGAGGUUAACAAGAAGCAGGGCUAAAAUUAUUUUUGAUGUAGCUGUUAUAUAUGAUUUGACUGGUUUUACCAGCUCAUUUCCAACAUUGUCUGCACACAAUUGGGUGAUAGAAUUCAAUCCAAGGACUAGAGAAAGGGCUACUUAAGAAGUCCAUUUAUCAGUGUAGUUUUAUUGCUAAAAGACUUGUGCUGGAAGAAGGGUGGAAAGGAAAGAAGCUCCCUGAUAAAAAUAAAAUAAAAUAUGUGACUCACCCAGUUUAUGUUUUAUCCCGAGAAGAGGCGUUGUCUUAAAAACUGUUAAAACUGUUAUUUUAAUGCUUUUAUUUUGCUCCAUUACUAACUCCUGACAAAGCCGCUUUGUUUCUUUCUGUUCUAAUUGGGCUUUUAUUUUGAAGGAUACAAAACCUUGGCUUGACUUUGACAAAUGGCAAAAUGGACCAUCCAGGAGUGAAAUGUCUUAUGUUUUAGCACUAUUCUGGAAAAUAUGAGGUUAGUUUAUAACAACCAAUAGCCUAUAUUGCAUCAAUACAGCAAACUAAAUAGCUCAAAUAAACUAGUUUUUGUUUUGUUUUGUUAUGUUGUUGUUUAAAUAACCUGUUUUUGAGUAUCUGACCCUCUCUGGGAGGUAUAUGCAACAUGCAUAUCUAAACAAGACUUUAAAGCUCUGGAUAGUGGAAUUCCCACUACAGAGCUGUUGAUUCUUGCAUACAAAGUUUGUUGCUAGUAAAAACCUUUUGCAGUCAUUGGAUCAAUUAAUGAUCAUUGAUUGGUACAAAUUUAAAACCUACAGAUUUUCAGGGCUUACCUGAACAGACCCUAAAGAGCUGCAGAGGAAGGACUUCAGAGAAACCACAUUCCCUUUCAUAAAUCUUUGCUUUGUGAGGUCACUCUGACAUGUCAGCAGGUGAGAUGAUCUUGUUGGCACACACCUGCAGUUUGCUGUCUGUCUGUGACGCGUCUUCGAGCCCUCCGGGGGGAAAGACUUCACCUGGGAAAAACAACCUGUCAUUAGAGACCAAAGGAGUCACCGCAUAGGCCUUCACCACGGGGGAGAGUACAUCCUGUAAUGUCUCAUCCCUGUGGAGACAUACUGACUAAUGUGCAGCUUUAUAGGAGACAUUUAUAAGCAGUUUGAAGUUUGAAACAUACUCUAAACCUCAGCUACAAAAAUGAUAAAUAUACUCGCUUAAAGAUAGUCAAAACAGGACUAGUAACCAGAGAGGCACUAUGCAUUUUCUUGUGGCAUUUACAUGCACUUACACACUCUCACUCUGACACACACACACACACACACACAUACACACCCCAUCAGCUGUGCCUGUACAUCCUUUCGCCUUGACCUUCCUGCCCUCCUGUCAUGUGGGCUUUCUGACUCAUCCAAGUGGUAGCUGUCAGACAUUUGUCAGGCAAAGACCUCAAACAUGUUAGGUAAGGAGAGUCAGAGAAAGAAACUGAAUGCAUGGCGUCAAUGUUGGACUGAAUAAAGCUGAGAACAAUUGGAUAUAGAGCGGGCGACAGACGGUGUUUCAAUGCCACGGUACAUGCAGAGCAGGAGAUUGAUGGUCAUGACGAACAGCAGUUGCUACAGGAGAAGAAGAACAGCUUUUCUGGGAGGUCAGUGGAGGCUGGUUUCAUUCAGACUUUCCCAGUAUCAAGAGAAAUGUGAAUGACCACAAAGAACUCUAUACAUGUUCUUCAUAUAAUCUCAGUGAUGGUUUUUGUUGGUAGUUGCGCAAUAGAUGUAACUUGGUAUUAAAGUCAAGUUUACUUUGAAGUUUUAUGUGGAUAAAAAACCUUCUUUUAUUAAGUUACUGCAAAAAAAUGAUCAACUUAAAGCUCCUGUGAGGAGUUUUUUUAGACUGAAUUUCAUGCUGAUGCCUUUUUAUAAGAUAUAAAAUCAAAGAAGACCAUGAGUGACAAGAUUAAAACAUUUUAUAGUGUAAAUUUUGAUGCCUGAAACUGGCGCAAGGAAGGAGGUAGGAGCAAAAAAGCGGAGGAAAUAACCCUGUUUUUACAACCCCCAUGUAAAUGACACAUUAGACUGUCAAAAGUAAGCUUGGUGAGGUUUGACUUUAAAAGAGACUUCUUUUGCAAGUCUAAGACAAAAUAAGCAAAUAAGCAAACACUGCUUAUUUACAGAAGGCCCCGAAACUGGCACUAACAGAAAAUUCCUCACAGGAGCUUUAAUGAAAAAUUGAGUAGAUGGGGAAUGAAAUUUAAAUUAAUGCGCAAAAAUCAUGAUACUUGUUGAGCUACUUAUAACUCAGACCAACUUUAACAUAAAAUAUUUGCAUCUUUAUGCCUCGCCUGUGUUAAUUUGUUGAGGUCCUGUGUGGUCAGCAAGAGGUUUUAUUUUUUAAUUUAUUAUUAUUUAUUUUAUUUUAUUUUUUUGUAACUUUUGGAAAAAUUUCUGUCACACACUUUUUUGGUUCCUGGAUUAUUUUACUUUAACAAAAAAUUCUGCUUUUUUCCACUUAUUCCGGGGGUUUAUUUGAAUCUAAAUUGAUUGAAAUAGCAUUAAAUUGAACUGAGGGACAACACAACACAUGAGGUUUUGACCUUAAUAAAUAUUUUACUGUAUCAUUUUACUGCACAAAGCGGAUGAGCCGAAGUUAAAUUUAUACUUCCUGAGAAAAUUCUUAAGAGGAUUAGAGCCAGUGAUGCAGAUGAAAUGCUAAAUUACCUGUUGCUUUGAUUUGAUUGGCAGCGACUAUAAAUAAAUGGUUAUGUAUCUGUGUGUGUGUGUGUUUGUGUGUAUUACUGUAACUUUAAGUGUGUACGGGGCUUUCUUUGUGUGAGUGUGUUCUUUAGUGUGCUGGUUCUUUAGUAAAUAUAGCUGCUAGUCAGGGGCUGUUGAUGACAGCUAUAAUUACAGGCUGAGCUGUUCAGCAGCUGAGAGUCCAAGAAGAAGAGGGGCGUGUCUGUGCGUGCACGCGUGUGAAUGCUCGUGUGUGUGUGUGUGUGUGUGUGUGUGUGUGUGUGUGUGUGUGUGUGUGUGAGCACCAGUGAAGGGGCUUAUGGAAACCCUACACACCCGAAUGAAUGUGGCUUUCUUUUUCAGCAUACAGGAUAAAGUAGAAUAAAAUGGUUUCAUACUUUUGGGGAGGUGAUGUGUGACAUUGCUUUAUAAGUCAUUAUAGGAGAUUUAAGAGCCAGCCAAUCAGAGACGUCAUUAGAAAGAGAGACUUAGGGGGUCAGUUUGAUGGUAGUUUGAGUCUGAAUAUUUGAGGAAAAUCUCACCAAUAGUAAUACUUUGAAACCAUGUGAGUAACAGACACAGAAACUGCCCUCGAAGAAGAAGAUCAACACCACUUUGACGUACUCCUGCGUUAGCUUAGCUUAGUAUUAGUACUGAGAACAAGGAAACAGUCUACUUCUACUUUCACCUCUAAAGCUCACUAGUAGAAACAACAUGUCUUGCUGGUUCAUUUGCUCAAUAUUGAAGUGAAACCACAUGAUGCUGUUUGAAAGAGGAGCAUCGUGUUGAACCAUGUCUGUCUUGGCAGAGUAACUUCCUGGGUUCAUCCCUUUGAGGUUGCCAGGCAACUGCUGGAGACUCCAAAAAGAAGUGAUUGCCCCGUACAGCCCAGUCUGAGUAUGAGUCUUGUCAUUCCCACCAUCUUUCUUCCCUCUUCCUCCUCAUUUCUCUCCCUGUAUCUCCACUUCCGGCCUUAAAUAUGUUUAUAUAUUGAAAUAUUGUUUUUCCCUCUUUUGCCAUCAUCAUCCCUCUUUUUCUGCACCCAUCUUUCCGUAUUGACUAAUUUCUUCUAAACACCACUUAUAGUUUUAGCUCUAUUGUUGAAUUUCCAGCAUGACAACCAUAAAUGAACUCGUAUUCAACUUCACACUUGGUAAUUUAAGAGAAACAAUUUCUCUUUAAUGCGCUCUAGUUCUGUUGGCAAAUCUGUUCCCACACUUCUUAGAAAAACAGGACGAGAAAAAUCCCUGAACCUUUCCUAUAAGAUGAAUCAUAUCAAUGAGUCAUUAUGAAAUCCUUUCCUCUACUUAAACCAAACUGAUGGAUUAAAAGGGACAAGCCAUUUUCUGCUCUCUUUGCUUCUUGGAAGGGCAAGCUGAAUUGGAUUUGUAUGGACUCGGCGGAACAGCAUAUCCACUUAUGGAGGCCAAUUAUGCUAGCAGAGGCACUUCCAGACAAGUCACUCCACAUUAUACCAACCCACUCCCCUGAAAUAUAUUUCCUCCAGCACCUGUUCGUCAGUGUGUUCCUCACUGUUUCUAGCUUCUCCAGAUGGAGAUGUUUGUCUUCUUCGUGGUUCUCUCACGUGUAAUUUAAUUGUGCGUUGCUCUCUGUCCAGAGGAAAGCAAUCAUCGUAAACCUCGGACCCACUCCAGGCAAGCGUAUAGGAAAGGCAAUUUGGAACAAGCCCCUGUUGUUAAAGCCAUGUAAUCACAGAUAAUCACACCAUCAUUUUCGCAGCCUGUCAAUACAUUAACAAGGAACGAAUAAAACUUAUUUCACAUGCUUGUAAAAUGCUGCUGAAUGAAAUGAGCCAUACAGUGCUAAAGUGAACAUCAAAGGUCUAAAUUUAAAGCCACAGGGCUGAGGAGGUAUCACCUCUCCCACCUAAAAAUGGCCCUGCUGCAGUCCAGAGUACAAGGGCAGACAGAAAUGUGAGAGACAGUUCAGAAGGUGACAGCUGGAUAAAUCUGGAGCUCAGACAUGGAUUCAUCCUCUAAACUGGACUGCUGUGCCAAGAGAGGCGAGGAAGGUGAACCUGCAGUCUGAAGCAAUGAAAAAGUUUUUUUUUUUUUUGCAAAAUGUUUUAUUUUUAUUAUUAACCCAUUUAAUGGCUUUUGUAUCAUAUUAGAUACAUACUUUUAUGAUACUUAUAUCAAAUCAAUAUGAUCAACAAAUUACUAAAAAAAACACCUGAAUACAGUCGGAUAAAUGAUAAAAAUGUCUGCUUUUAGUUAAUCGGGUUCCAAAAACUUCUGUCUUAAAAAUGUCCUCAAAAUUUAACAAAUGCAUUUAUUUAUCUCGUUUAUUUUUUUAUUUUUAGUAGAAAAUGAAAUAAACACUUCAGCUCAAAAAAAUUGGAAUUUUCCUGCCAUAAUUUGUGGUGUCAGGCAUUAAAGUGCUACGUGUCAAAAAGAAAGUUUCAUUUUGAUGCAGUAAAAACUAGCAGCUGCCUUGUUCAACAUGAUCCAAAUAGUACACUUUUACAUAAGUACCGCCUCCGACUAAGCAGGUAUCCAAUCAUUUUUGAGGUGGCCAAACGGAUUUUAAGGGGCCUGUGCCAUCCCUGGCCCCUCCUUUAGACCCACCCCUGCCAUUAGGGACAUUACUUACUACAGACUGCACAAGGAAAAUUACUUCAUCAGGCCCUCUUGUUUUCAGUCUUUUCAUUUGUAAUAUCAAAGGGAUAUUCCGGUUUAAAACUAAGUUACAGUCAAAUACACUGUAACACCAUGUUAGACACCCCGUUGAGAGAUGAACGUUGUUGACUACCGGUAUAUAGCCACAAAUAAUGUUCAGAACAGCACCUAACUUCAUCAACAGUACAUAUAAGGUCCUAGCAACAGCACUAGCCACCAAACAUCUUUUAAACUUUGCCUGAUUCUUUUGGCAAAGAGAUUAAACACAACUCACCUACUCUCUUCCAGCAGACCCAUAACCCAGAAACAAGUGACAUAGAAUAAAACUUGGAUCAUUCAGAAAAAGGGAGCAGUGACACAGGCAGAUUGAUGACAGGCUGUCUUUAGAUGAUUUUAAAAGAAUAGGUCAGAGCUUUGGUUUCUUGUUUGUUUUGGGGAAACUUAAACCAAUCCCAUUACAAACCCGGCUAUUUUUCUUUAGUGUUAAGUAUGUGGCUGUCAAACAAAAACAAACACAUCUAUUUCCUUCCUUUAAUUCUAUUCCUCUUUCCUUGUUAUAUAUAGUAUUGAGAUAGUCCACGCCCACUGAUAAAGCCCAGACUGAUUUCAUUGAACAAGACAGACAUAAAGGACAUUAUAAGGCAAACCCCAAGCUUUUCUCCACGGCUCCAAAGCGCGCUCAUGUGCACCAACACGCACGCGUAACCCCACCACACACACCAGUGAGCACUGGGGGCACAGAGCAGGGGGACCCCGCCCUCCUUGUGACAUCCGCCGCCUCCUAUUGGUCCUCCGUUGUUCAGGAGGAGCGCUACAAACACAAACUGGAAUGCGUGUAAAGGGGGUUCAGUGUUUGCUCUGCACGGACGCUGCACAGAGUCUCACCGGGGGAGGACACGGAAAGUGUAUGUCGCUCACCCGGCAGCCUGGUUUGUUUGUUUCGUAGGACUGAGAGGUUUUCAUCGUGAUCAGCUGAUCGAUACUAACGCAGAAUUUAUUCAUUUUUACGCAUGGAUGGAGAGGCGCAGGUAGACGGGCAGAGACGCCACUGAGGAGCCACUCGUGAAGUUUUGCAGCGGUAAGUUCAGACAUCAUCCAGUCUGAUUUUCAUUGAUGAUGAAUUCGUCAGGGAUUUGUUUCUGGGAAAUGCGCUCACUGAAAACAAUGAAAUCUUCACUCGUGGCGGGGGAAAGCUUGUUCUCGGGGGCAGUAGGUUAGUGGAUCAGAGCGAGGAUGCGUCUCAUUGGAGGAUAAACCCGCAUAACCCCCAGUCCUCCUUUUGAAAUCGAGUUUUCUAAUAUUCUGAGCGGUGCACAGGGUCGUGUCAGGAGAAAUACCCUUCUCUUGUAACAAAAAGUUGUCAAAUAAGCUUUAGUAAAUGAAUUUCAAUCUGUCAAAACAGAGACUUCAAGCCUUGUUGGUUAUGUAAACCUACUGAGUGAGUUAUCUGUCAGUGUGUCCACUUGACACAUGGAGUGGUGUGAAUUCUGUGCAGCUAUAAGGUCGCAUUGGGUUGCCUUUGGACACGUGAUGCAAGUUUAAAUAGGUAGAAAUCUUACUGUGAACCUUUGCCAGUCUCUGUGUUUGAGUGUGUGCAUGUGGGAGUGCACUUUUACUGCUGAGAGAGAGUGCCAAAAACAUGCAUAAGGGUGAUGCGCAUGUGAAACGUGAGAGAAUCAGGUCAGUGAUUUUAAAAAUGCCCCUCCAGGUUUGUUGAGGAUGGAGGUCAAAGGGCAUCAGGCUUUUGUCAUCCUCUGCUCACUGAUACCACCCACAGUGGAUCCUGCCGCUGAACCUCAGCAGAUAAACACUGGAGAAAAAUGGUCUGUUUGCAAAGCGAGCAGUCAUGGCUGUUCUGAUAAGAGAAUUUAUGCAGCUUUCUACCUGCCAGAUGGUUUGGAGAUCACUUUUUCUGCUUUCUAGACUUUAAAACGCAAGAGAGAAGUGUCAAUCCUGCCAACAGAGUUGACUUUCUUCUCUCAGCUGCAUGUCCUCGAGGCUGAUCAAAAGACGUUUUUUAUUAUUAAGCCAUCCUAAAUUCUGGACACUUGGAAAUAAAAUCAAAACAACAGGAAAAUUAUUCACCCAAAUAAGCAUGCAGCUUGCAGAGAAGCUUUCCCCCCAUCAGCUCCUGCUGUCGCUGAGAAAAAAAGUAUUUUUUUCAAGGCUAAAAUGCUCCUUCAGUGCUUUGAUAUGGUUAAGUGGAAGUGCUUUGCUUCCCUGCCAACCAGUUUGGGCCUUGGUUAAGCUGUUUGAAGGGGGCUGCAGACACGGGGGUAGCGUGUUUGUGCCAAGCCAAGACCAGGCUGAAGGGAUGCAUGAGCAGCGUCUGUUCCCAGACUCUCUCUCUCCCUCACCUUCUCUCUACUUUACCCCAGCCGGCCUUUCAUUCGCUGCAUCUGCUCCCUCAGUCUCAGCCUGCUUUCUUCCCCCUUGCUCUGUGUCACUUAUGCAGGGACAAGUGCGCACACACACACACACAAACACACACACAUGCACUCAUUUCCUCCUCUUUCUCCUGAAGUCUCAUUAAAGGAAUUAUGGCUGUGUGGUUUGGAGGAGAUUCAGACGCUCUUGUUGUUUUGUUGGGUUUUCCCCCAGAACUACUGAAACACAACACUGAAAUGUUGGUGUCAACUGAAGCUGAUUUCAAGGGCUGUUAGCUGGACAAAUAACUUUGUGCUGAAACUACAAAUUAAGGGUAUUAUUGAUCAAACUGUUCAAUUGUUUUUUGUUCUUUUGGAGUGUUUUUUUAAGGAAUAAUUCAAGUGACAUCUUAAAUGUUUAUGUUUUGUCUGAAUAGAAGUCCAAACCCUUAAAUAUAUCAUUUAAACUUUCUCAUGACACUGGAAAUAUUUGCCCAAAAGAUGAUCAUAUUCAUUUUAUUUUCUGUUUGACUUUUUCUACAAAUUAUGGCAAAUCUCUGCAGAUUAAUGUCCAAGUAUGCAGCAGAUGAAAUCAACUCAUUUAACAAAAGUCAAAGGCUUGAAUUGUGCAAGCUAAUCAGAUUUACAAACUCAAAUAUCUUCUCAAAAUAGUGACCUUUCCUUGCUGAUACUGAAUGAUUUGAUUAAGUUAAUCAGCUUUUUUUACUUGGUUUUUGGGAAGUGGAAUGUGUUGCUCGGACAACUUUCAGCCAGGCUUGCUGCUGUUCAUGAGCGGCGCUGAUCAAUGAGUUGAUCAUUUUGGUCUCUAGAGUGAAGGAUCGGAACGUGAUUUAUAAUGCUUGCCUUAAAAUGAAUGAGGAGACAUUUCUUGCCUGGUGCCCAGAUGAUGAACCCUGAUGAGGGAUGCCCUGAAUCUUUGUCAUGGGGUUGAUAUGGUUUGUUGUUUUGGAAAAUCCACCCAUUUCACCAUCAAAUCUGGCGCAGAAUCAUGAUCCCCAAAGGCAGACCUUUGAACACUUCUUUUGUUUAAAAUUUGAUGCCCACUAAUCAUCCAAACUUCAGUCGAUUAUCCACGCUUUGGAGAUUUCUUCUUUGAACCACUCAAUCGUUUUUAUCCUGGUCGACUGUACUUCAACUAGCUGCCUCACACAGCUGAUUCAUCUGAUGUUGAAUGUAAUUGCUCAAUAAUUAUGAAAGCUAAAGCGGGGUUAUAGCCUGUCAGCACAUUGUCGACAAAGCUGUGAUGAAGACUUAAGUGCUUUUUAGUCUAUGAGUGUCUGACACUGGGAGUACUUGACCUUCUCUUUUCCAUAAAGACUCUCGCUUGUCUUGGGAACGUCUCGUGCCUCUGUGAAAGCAUGUGGGGGUGGCACUGUGCAUGUGCAGCAUCCACAUACAUAUGUUUUUCCAUCUGCGAGCAUGUGUGUGUGUGUGGUUUUUCGGGGGGAAGAACUCAGACCUUACAUUCUUCCAGGAGGAGUGUCUCCUUCAAGUUUUUACAGCUGAUAGUUAUUUCAUAGGACAUGUAAGCUGCAGAGACUCAAAGAGCUCAACGAAAACGUGGAGUAUUUGAACUUUUGCUGAUCUUGUAGUCCCAUGAAAGUAAAGGGAUUAAGAUUAUUCUAAAUGAUAAAGUUGAAUCUUUUAAGGAGUUUUAAGAUCCAGAUUUCUAAAUUUAACUCGACUCUUGAUCUGCAUCUGGCAGACUGCUUUGAUUCAACUCAAAACUUGCGAGAAGUUGGUUUUAUUCUCUUUUAUUUGAUCAAACUUUUAUGCUCCCUGUAGGGGAACUGGGUCAUUCUGCUCGCAGAUAUGGAUGACAGAUAUUUUGAUGUGCCUACAAACUGGUUUUAUUUUAAGAAACGCUUUUAGUUCUUCACUUUUGCACCCCUUGCUGUUAGAGGAAGUCUGUUUAGAUAAAGUGAUUCAGAGUGAUCAGUUACAAACCUCCAUUUAGAUGGCGGCUCGGUGACAUGAUGCUGUCUCGUCUGCUCUGAGUCAAAGGAUAUCUGCUCCCAAGAUGAUGAUGAGGGUCUGGCUUUCCUCCUGUCCCAGCAUGUCCCACCCUACAAUCACCCCUUCCUCAGAAGAGGGGUGGGAGGUGUUUUAUGGGUGUUGGGAAUUUUUGGUGUCAAGGAGGUGGGUUGUGGUUGUUACACUGGGGUUAAGUGGUAUGCGGAGGGAGGGGCAGAAGCAGGGAGUGGAGGGGCGACUGGGGCAGUGGAGGAAUGAGGAAUGAGGAGUGGAGGUAGGGUUGUAAGAUCUUUGGGGAGGGGAUGCAAGAUAGAUGUGGAGAUAGGAGAGAGGAGAGGCUUUUAGGCAUGAUAGCAACAUUGCUUAAGGGAUUAGGGUUGAGCAUGUGAAACCAGCUAAAUGAUUACAUGUCAUCACUUUCACUCGUUGGUUAAAGCUGUUGUUUAAACUCAUAAUUAAUAAAUAUUUUUAAUGUAGGCUCAAAAUGCUCAUCAUAUGUUGUGUCCAAGCUGUGGAGUCACCACCCACUGCUAGCCUGAGGCUCCAGUUAAUGACUACUGCCAUAAUUCUUCAAUGUCAUAAUGCGUAUAACCCAAAUGUAAACUUGCACAGAUGGCAUCUCGGGCAGUAAAGAAGUUUCCAAGAUUGAGAUAAAGUUAUGUUUGGGCUGUGUCUGUUUAAACUGGCACAUGACCGCUCAUUCAUAGGGGUGCACAACCAGCACAGCAUGUACAAGUUACAGCCUUUGGUACCGCUCUGCAAGGGGUGCACUUAAUGUUCCUCUUUUACCAUUUUUAACAUGAUAUUUGUAGUACUGGAUGAAGUUACAGGAGCUGUUAUCAAUAUGUUUAAGACAAAUGUAUCAGCUAGGCCUGGGCAAUAAUCAAUUAAUCAAUUCGCCUUGUGCAUGCGUGUAUUUGUUGUCCUCGUCUUGCGCCUCCAAACACGCUGGAUGACAAGAGGGUUCACUCUGUGCAUCAGUCUCAGCACCUGGGCGCGUCUGCACCCUGCUCUACAUCCUAGGGUGCAGGACAAAAACUGCACCUCGAGAUGUAGAGCCAUCGGCCCGACAGUCACGCUUAUUGAAGCGUUUGGUCGACAAAGCAGGUACAGUCAAAACAGCGCAAAAUGGUGUGCACUCACAGGAAGGGUAGUCGGCUACAUCGCCAAAGAAAUGCUGCCAUUUAGUACAGUUGAAAAGCCAGCAUUUGAGAAAUAAUACUGACUGACAAUACGAAUUGUGCUCCAGAAAAUAUCACAUAGGUGGUUAUUUUGGUCUCGAUAAUGUCAACAAUAAUAUCGUUUAUCGUCAAUAAUUCGUGGCACAAUAUGUCGUCCAACAAUAUUUGUUGUCGUCCCAGGCCUUGGAUCAGCCUACAUGACAGUUUGGAUAAAGCCCCACUGAGCAUUUUUUGGUCUAAAAGAGGUCUAAUAGACGUCUAAAUGUAGCUCAGACGACUGGUCUAAAAUCAGGCUACCACAGAUUUAGACGUCUAAAUUUAGACCAAGUUUGGACCAAGUCUUAAUCUGGGUUAUAUCUUAACUACACUGUAUUUUGCUCGAUGACUAUCAUUAUUAUUUUCGUUAAGUUCUUGGAGAUCAGUUCUGCAACUUACAGUUGCUUUUUGAGAUAAAUAAUUAUCGAAUUAUGGGUUAAAGUGCAACGUCUAAAUUCUGUCUAAAAAUAUACAGAAUCUAGACGGUUGAAAUUAGGUCUAAAAAAAAAACUAGACGUCUAAUAGCCGUCUAUUGCUCAGUGAGGCGUUAUUGUGCGAUAAGCAUUUGAUGUUGUGAUGAUCCUUCAGAGGAUUAGCACCUUAAUCUGAAGCUCGCUUUGACAUAAUUCAUCUUUAUACCGUGUUUAAUCUGGUAGUUUGGUUAUUUUGAUGCCCUUUGUCAUAGCUAGAAGUGUAUUUCACAUUAGCUUUAGCAACAUAGCGUUUAAUGAGAGUAGCACAAAUACCAUUAGCUGUUAGCAUGGGGGGGCUGAGUGGUUUUGAGAGCUUUCUCAAAUCAGCAGCUAAAAUGAAGUUUGUUUGUUUUUGUUUUUAACUGCUGCAGUAAAAGAACAAUCAAGCCUCCGUGAUUAUCGAACUGAAGACCUCACUGCCUCUUUCUCAUGCAGUCAGCAAAGGAAGAAAACAGUCACACACUCAGCACACGCAUGCAUUAGUGUGUGUAAGUGUGUUUUUCUUCCUUCGCUGACCGCAUGAGUAAGAGGCAUCGAUGUAUGAAAAAUGAUAACCGGAACAAUUAUGUGUUACUAAUGGACUAAUGAGUGUGUGUGGGGGAGGGGGGUCAUCAAAGUGAACGGUUUCUGGUCUACCCCUGGGUUUUCCAUCUUUUAUUAUUUCAUUUUUCUCAUCACUUAUCCCCCCUCCCUCCAUGCAUCCUGCUCUGUUUCUUAUACCAGUCCCAUCCCAUCUGUCCAUCCCCCCCUCCUCUACUUUCCUCCUGGAUACAGACAGGGAAUUUAUGGAGGGAGGCUUGAACCCAGUUUCACCCCUCCCCUGUUGUCUCUGAGCAGAUCAGCACUACAUUCUUGAUGUCUGUACGUGUAUGUGUGUGUGUGUUUGUUUGAGGUGUUCCUACGUAAUCCUUUCCUCCGACUGGGUGACCACACUAUGCCCCCACAACACAUGCUCCGUACUCUUUGUCAUCUGCAGCACAUUAUAUUUAUCAGACUGACCCACACAUACACAUUUAAACACAUACACACCUCUGGACGGGGCAGCUGGGAGCUCCAGCAGCGUUAUGAUUGCCAUAAGCGUUUUAGGGUCCUAAUCUCAUAAUCUGUCUGUUGUGGUAUUUGGUGCUUUCUCUCUGCAGCGUCCGGCAGCUGGAGGAGACACUAUUGGUUGACGUCUGUGUGUCGUAAAGGUUUUAGGUUUGUUUCUUUAUCGGGCGGCAUAAGAACAACACGCAGAUAUUAUUCUGUGUGACAUAUCCCGUGCCAGCAGCCGUGACAGCUUUUAAGUAGUUGUGCUGUCAAGGUUUUGAUGGAUCUUUCAGCAACCAUCAGUGCUGCUGUUUUUCUUUUAAGCUGCUCAUGUCCGCCGUCCCCGCUUGUUACGCGGUUAUUUCUGUCCUUUCCUUCUUGUUUGUGCAGAUUUGUGUGGUGAGUUUCAGCACCCUAGUCCAAGACUCUUUUGCAGCUUUCAAGAGGAGACUGUUUGUACCUUUGUGAUUGUUUUUUAUUUUAUCACAAAGUUUAGGUUUUGUUUGCAAAGUGAAGUGAUGGUUUCUAUUACAAAGCUGCCUAAGGGUGGCGGUGGUACACAGCUGUGUGAUGACAGAGGAGUAAAAGGGGUGAAUGGGGUGAAAUGAGCCUAUGGUGCUCUAGAGUGUCAUUUCCACUCCGUGACUGACAACUCUUUGAACUGAGCUUCUCCUGCUGCAACAAAAUAUGUCUUUAAAGGUCGCAGCUGCCUGGAGUGAUGGUUCUGUUUUUGGGGACCUGCAUAAAUCAAGCUUAAAAAUAGACAGGAACGCAGUGGAUGCUGUCAGUACUGAAUUAAUCUGAUGAUCAAAAGAAGAUCAGUCCACUUUAGUAUUUAUAAUCAGUUUAUUCUUUGAAAGGAUCAAGAACAAACCCACCACUCAAGAUGGAUGGAUAAUGUAGAUUCAUUUCUAGAAAGACAGUCUGAACAACAACUUGGCAUAAUGUUUGCAUUUAGCAUUUAGUCUUAAAAAACAAGUCCCUUGACUUAAUGGAUGCCACUAAAUUAUCCAUCUGUUACCUCUUUAGUUUGUUUGGUUCAAAACAUUUGUAGGUUGAAGCUUCUUGGUUGGGGCACCAUUGGAUGAUUUGUUUUUAAGUCGUAAAUCAUUCUUUGUGUCAAAACCAGAAACCAAAUCAGAGCCCCUUUGCAUAUUUUUCAUCCUUGGUCAACAAUAUCAUAGAAUUGCAAUUUAAAUCGAAUCGGCAUCCAAAAAAAUUGUAAAAGAAUUGAGAGAAAAGCAUGUUGUCUCAGCCCUACUAUCUUAUCAUAAUUGAUUUUAUCAUUAUAUCUUAUUAUAUCCUUCAAAUCUUAAUGUGUCAUAUCGUAUCAUGUCUGAUUUGAUUGAACUGAAAAGAGACAGAUAAGCGCUUCAUAGACCAUGAGUAUUAGAUUACACUGAGUUUGUGGGACUUUAAACAAGUCAACUUGGAUACCUCAAGCAGCCUUAAAAGAUCCCUCAAUUUUCAAUUGAAUAUUGAAAAGGUCGCAUUGUUCUGUUUUACGGUCACAUUGUCUCCUUCUUUUACCAUUGUAUACCAAAUAUUUAUAACCGAAAUCAGUUUGUUUUUUCAGUUUCUUAAAAAAAAGAGCAAGCUUUAAUUUUAGUUUUCCACGUUUCCGUCAGGCUGUUUAAUGGUGGUAAGACAGCAGGUGAAAGUGACAAGUUAAAAUUUCAGAAUAAAAGCAAAAUCAUUGUUAAUUAUUCCAAGUUGGACCCCAACCUCCUCAGGAAAACUCAACAGUUAACUCCGGUACCCUGAACCUAGAGCCCUCACCAUCCUUGAUGCCCACAUCCUGAAAGAGACAAACAGAGAGAAGAGUGAAGGUUGGUGUCAGAAAGAUCAAGAAACCUGUUUGGGAAACAGCUCACCUCCUGUGGGUCAGACUGUGCCUCCCUUUGCUCCCUACUUUUCACCAAAGUGGAUGAAGGACAGGAAAGGCAGAGCCAGAGAAACUGUGAGUCAGGCUUUGCCAUUUCACUGUCAGCCAAGAAAUUUUUCAUUUUGCACCCAAAGACUUCUUUGAUAAUGGACGAUUCAUCCGAGGUCUCGCGCUGUAAAUGAGGAAAGAAAAAUCACACCUAAAGUGGUUCAGUUGCACAUUUGUAGAAAAGAAAAAAGCUGGAUUGCAGAUGAGUACAUUCAGAAAACUAAAGAAAUAAAAUUCAGCUGAGUGUUGAGUUCACCGGCAGGCUGCUGCUCAAUGGGAACACCGCAUGUAUAUCUGAGUGGCUCUUGACCUUUUAUGCACGUCCCGCCCGCUCUGCCUCUCAUCUCUCCUGCCAGUCACGAUCUCACUCUAGAAAGAAAAAACGACUUGAAAAUGUCAGUGAUCCAUACAGAAACACACAGCGGAGUCACAUUUGUGCAUAAAGCACACCAGGCAGGUGAUUGAGUUCACAUUAUACCUUCUUUAAAUGGCACGAUAGAUAACAGAGUAUCAGUGCAAGUUUGUGUCUAUUCUCCUCUUUGGUGAAUCAGCUUCAUUUUGUUGUCACUGCUGUAUGCUCUUGUGCUGUUCCAUUAUCUCUCUCCACACAUGGUUCUGAGUGAACAACACCCACCAUUAAAUCUAAAUAAUUAACUCUUCUUGAACUUUUAUGUGCAACUUUGAUCUUUGCUGUUAUUAAACUCCAGUCUUUGGCUCUAAUGCACUUCCACCUCCUCAGUUCCUCGCUCCCUGCUGAGUCUUUACCCCCAGACUGCAUGAUAAUCUCCUCACUCAGUUGAAAUAUUAAACUGUGAAACCACUAUGAGGGAAAAGGAAGAACGAUUGCCCCCCUCUUCAUUUUUCUGUGUUUUUCUUUCACUCUUUAGCCUUUUUGUUUCUCUAACUGGGUGUUUUUCCUUUUGUUCAAGCGCUCCGAAAAUUGCCAUUCUGCUGGUAACAUUAUGGUAAUAUCUUAGUGAAGGCUGCAGAGCCAUGAGUCGGACAGAAGUCCGCUGAGACAUCAGUUUGUAAAUGGCACCCACAGUGUGCAUUUGUUCCUCUACUGUGAGAAAACAUCACCAGGAAGCUUGAGGAACUGAAGGUCUUUGGCAUGUAAAUAAUGAAUAUUAGUCAUAGUAUAUUCCUUUGGCUACUAUUAUAGAGGAAAUCGUUGUUUUCUGGGUUUAUAGAGGGUCAUUUUUACCUCCUUAUGAGCCCAUAAAGCUCUACAACCAUUUAUAAUAACACAAGUGUUUUUUUCCUGUAAAUCUUGGCUGAGUCUUUGUUCCCAAGCCCAAGAACAAACCUCAAAGUCCUGCCACCAUCCCAGCUGAUACGACACAGUUAUGAUUUGUGACAAUAGCUGGCCGCUUUCCCAUGGUCGCCUUAUUCACACAUAGCUGUACAACCCUCUGAGCUUGUAUUAUCACAGGAGCAGCUAUCAGUGAAAAAAAGAACGUAGUCUUUUGCUCCUAAAAAUAACAAAUGGAGCUGAAAUAACCGGCAAAAUCCUGUUUGUAUGGUAACCACAUUCCAGCGCCGCAGCAUAGGUGGCCACUCUCAAUCACAGUCCGGCGAAAUAAUAGACAAAUCAAAGUAGUGGAGCAAGUGGGGAACUUGUCCUCAAGCUGUGAGAUAGAGCAAGGUUGGAAAAGAAAGAGAGUGAAGAGUGCGGUUGAAAAGACAUCCUUUCUGUCUGUGAAUGAAUUCCAGCCUGAGGUACUUUUACAGUCAAAAACAGCUGCUGGUGAUGCUUUAUGAGGCUGAGUUUUUUACUUUGUUUUGUGUAAUUUUCCCAAGAAGCGACAAAAAUUCAUAGUACAGCUACAGGUUGUUUUCUUUCAUAUUUCUGAUAAUAUUUUUCACCCGCAGCACCAAGAAACAGCAAAUUAACUCAAAGUUUUCAUUGCUAGUGUUUAAAGAUUGCUGGAAAUGGUGAAGUUCAAAGACUAACUGAUCAGAAAGCUGCACCUGUAACCUCUCCAAACAGUGAGUGAUGGCGUACAUGUGUUCAUCGCUGCAUUAGAGGUUAGAGUUAAUCUUCUGGAGAUCAGCGGAAACACUCUCUUUAAACAGUUCUCGGACUAAGAGCCUAAAAGCUAGUCCCUUGAAGGGGCCCCUUUUCUGCUUAAAUGCACCCUUCCAAUGAAAACACCUGUGGCUGGAGACUUGGGUGUGAUGAUGAUAACAGAGUUUGACAGGAGAAGCACGUAGGUUUCAGUUUUUUUAGUCUAAGUUAUGGCCUAUUACAUACUUUGUCAAAAAAAAUAUGGGUUGCCAAUGAUUUAGUGUCUAGUGUGUUUUUCCACCAACUUGUGAUGUUUUCUAAGAAUUAUGAUCUCCUCCGGCUGUUUGCAGUGUGAACACGUGGAAAAGUGACAAGUUCCUCCCAACUGCUCCAACUAUUAAAAAGUUUCUCCUGACCCAUCCAUUAUUGGAUGCAAAAUUUUAUAUUUUGAAGAUUCAGAACUCUUUUUUUUUUUUUUUUUUAAAGAGCUUCAUGUUUAUUUCUUUGUGUUUGUUUGAUAAAGUUUUUCUUAUUUUAUUUUUCAGCUGCCGACAGCUCAGCCUGAGUUGCAUAUUUUUUAGUUUAGAAGAAGCUAAUGUAGCCCCAUGAUGAUGACCUUAUCAUAUCUUAUCAUAUCUUUUCAUAAUGUAUCCUAUCUUAUAGGGGUGGUGGAAAAAUUUAUUUCGCAUAAGUAUCAAGAUUUUUUGUUUUACAAUUUUCAAAUGGAUUUUUUUGGUCAAAAAUUGAUUUUUUUUUUUUUAAGUAUAAAUCUUAAAAACUGACUUACAUGUGGUGUGUAUUUUUUGUGGAAAUAUGGUUCCUGGAAUAGUCAGUAGACAAUCAUAAUCAUUCAACUGUUUCACUGGUGUUAAAAAUGCAGAAUAAAAAUCAACAAUAUCAUAGAAUCGCACUUUGAACUGAAUCAACAUCCAAAAAAUCGUAGCAGAAUCGAAUCGGGAGAAAAGCAUAUCGUCCCAGCCCUAAUAUCUAAUCAUAAUUUUAUCAUUAUAUCUUAUCUUAUCCUUCAAAUCUUAAUGUGUCAUAUCGUAUCAUGUCUGUUUUGAUUGAACUGAAGAGAGACAGAUAAUGUUUGGAGCGGUGAGUUUGGGAAAACAUGCAACAAAGAGCCAAGGUGGGACUCAAACUGCCACUGUUAUGAGGACUACAGCCUACAGCUAAAUCAGCUCCCAUAUGGUCAGUCUUCAAUUUUAGUUUCUCACCAAGUAGUGGUAAAUAAGGGCUUAGUAAUUUGACCAUGAGUAUUACAUAACAUUGAGUUUGUGGGACUUUAACCAAGUUGGGUACCUCAAUCAGCCUUCAAAGAUCAUGUAACUUGCUGAACAAGAUUCAGAGAAAUGAGUCAGUGUCCUGGAAAACUCUUCAUUUCACUGGAUUUAUUCUGUGUGAUGGUGUCACUGGAAUCAUUUAGACAUGAUGUACAUGUGAAAAAGUCUUUUAGAUAUGUAAGGAAACAAAUACAUUUUAUGAACUGUACUUACUUUUGCUAUAGAGAUUGCCUGGUGUGUGCUGUUUGCUGUCGCUGUGUGCAGCUGUACCAGAGCUGCUGGUGAUGAUGUUGUCAUGGUGCUACUUCAUCCGGCUGCAGCAGUUAAUGACUUUGUUGUCGGUGUGGAGAAGCAAGAGAAGCAUCAUGUGCUUGAGGCUUAAGCGUCUUUCUGUCAACUGCUGCUGCUUUCUACUGUACUGCAUAAUAAUGUAUUUAAUGUCAUACAGAUAACCUUCCAGUCCAUCAACGUUGAUUGUGCUUUUACUGGUGUGGCUUACAGUUCUCACAAGUGAUUACACGCUGCUCUCCUCUGUUGAAAUGUCAGCAGCAGCUGUUUGAGUGUAACAGCAGUCCAGACACGCCUCGGUUAAUCUGGUCAUCUGAACAUUUAAAUGCCGCCUUGUAUGUCGGCUUUAAUGAUUCUCUCUCGCACCGCCCCACAUGGACCUUAAUGACCUAUAACUGGAACCUAAGUGAGUGUUGCUGCAACCUAUCUAUGGAUGCGUACUUAUGCACACUUACUCAGCCUGAAAGAGCAUAAAGGUCCCUGUGAACGCUGUUGUCAAAGAGGUAGAGAGAACAAAUUUCAGUUCAUGUAAAUGCUGCCGAAGGAUAUGAUAAACACCUUUUUUCUGUAACAUUAGGGCAACAAAAGCCCUUUAAAAUCCAUAUCUUACAGUUAAACCGCAGAUUUAAUGUUUGCCUGAGUCUAUUUCUGCAGCUGGUGGGCAACAUUUCUGACCUGACUGGACUGUCAUGUGAUGUAUCUGGCACAGGCAAACACGCUCAUGCACGCACAGCACAGACAGACUCUGUUUGAUUCCCAAACUUUGGCACUCGUACAACAGUCACGUCCCCUCUGCUGCAACAUCAGAUGACUAAAGGAGACCAUCAGCUGAUCCUGGUUAAUAUCAUUAUUAAAUAUAAAAUCUGACUAAGUUCAACGCUGACCUGAAAAAGCUUUAGGCCUAGUUGUGUUUUUAGUAAAUUAUUCCCCAUGUGAGGUCGUCUCGUGUCUCAGAGGAGUUUGAUUAUUUAGGUCAACGCUUCAGGCAGCUAGAUUAUUUUUGGUCAGGAAAGGUCUUUGUAGUUAGGGGGGGGAGGCAGAAAUGGACCAAAUGUUGACCUGUAAGCUUUCUGAGAUGAUUGAUGAAAUGAUGGGCUCACUGCUAGCCAGUAGAUCUGCUCACCUCAUGAACAAACAUAUGUCAAACUGUUGUAGCUGUUUGUGUCACACAACCCACAGGCAUAGGGCUGGACGAUUAUGGCAAAAAUAAUAAUCACAAUUAUUUCAACUGAUAUUGAAAUCACGGAUAAUAAAGAUGAUUAUUAAAUCAAAACUUGAGUAUUUAUUGAACGACCAACAUUUAACUUUAGGUAUAAAACGGGGGGUCGACUGUGUGAGUGUCGAGUGACUCACGGAGCUCACAGGAGGGGUGUGAGGGUGUGUGUGUGGGGGGUUAAUCAGCUGUGUGAUUGCCGACAAUAACUUGCUAAUGCUAAUACUGCAGUGUCCGUGUCCGCGCGCAUAUACUGAUACAAAUGAGUCCGAAUUAGAGCCACGUAAAUAAAAAAAAAAGCCUUUUAUUUAGCCGUGAUGGUGCGACACAAUCAAUUGCACAUAGAGGAAACAUUAAAGUUGCCUUGGGGAGCAGACACGACAGCGUAACAAACAACUUCCUUUUACUUGAUCUCCGUCAAAUUGAAGCCAAAAUGUUUCUUAAGUUGUCCUACCGUACUUCUCAACCAAAAGCGGCCUUUCUGCCAUGUUUUUAACUGCUCACUCUUCAUAUUAUUGAUCCACACACGCUUGCUGCAGCUGCACUUAGCAGGGGUGCAUCCAAGGUGUUUUCCCAGCACAGGAACUUACUUACAUGCUGCACCAUGCGGCGCAUUAAUCAUCUCUCUUCGAUUAUAAUGUUUUUAUGAUGUAAAAAGCUAAAAUCAAAAUAAUGAUUAAAAUUCGGUUAAUUGCUCAGCACUAGUCAGACAGUAUAUAAUAGUAGUGGUAGUAGAAGUCUGUCAAAAGGCUCAACCUUGACUUCACUUCUGAACUGGUAACUUCAUCUUCACUCUUUGUCAGUGUUACUAAAAUGUUUCUGUUCCUUCAGGAAUUUUCCACCACUGUGACCCCUCUAAAGAAGUGUCACAAAGAGUCAUUGUUCACACCUGCAUACUCACCAUUGACCAAGCCAUUGAUUCUUUUUGGACCUGAGGUGUCAUGGCUGCAUACCUGCAUCACUCAUGCAGCGUUGACACCUCUGCACUUCACAUUGUUUCUUUUGUGUGUUGUCUGUGUGAUGGGUUUCCUGGAACCACGAGAUUGUGACUGUCAGUAUUUAGUCAGAGCAGAAGAAUGUUAUUUACCCCUCAACAGGUGACAGACUCAAGAUGACAACAUUCAUAAAAGGCUCUCUGUUCGUGGGGUUUGACCUUCGCUGAAUCCUCGGCUGUCAACUUAGUUACAACACCUUGUUUUACGUGAUUGUUUUCUGGGUUCAGUUUCACUCAGUCCUAUGUAGAAACCAUACAUUGUUAUCUGCUUACUCGUUUCAUUUUAGAGUCUCAGGCAGAAAUAACUUGAACUUUUCAACUUGCACUCUAUCAUUUUGGCAGAAAAACAAGCUGCAAACAGCAUCUGACAUAUAAUCACCUUCAGGGACUAAUAUGCUGGCAAGCUGUUGCCUGCCACAGAUCCAGCAGAUGGAGAAAAAUGAACUUAUCUAGGGUAUACUUGUUGGAUUAUAGUAAAACAUUUGUGUGCUGUGUUUGCAUCUACCUUGUCUGUCUCUUCGGCUACUCGGUAAGAACACAGUAGUCAGUAAUGACAAACACAAGAGACAACUAUACAGAUGUCGUCUGUCUUUGUGAUUAGGGCUGGGCGAUAAACUGAAAAUUUACUGUUUUUACAACAGUAACCAAUGUCAUUUUGCCCAUGUCAAUAUAUUCAGUGUCAAAUAAAUAAAUAUAUAAAAGUUGGUUUUGGAUGUGUGUAGGUAGGCUAUGGUCUCACGUCCCUUUUAAGACGCUGUCCUACGUUGGAGACAUGACUCCACCCAGGUGAGGAGAUGGAGGACGGUUCAAAAGUUGUAUCGGCUGGAGCUAUCGUUUAUCGUUAUCGAGGUGUGCAAUAUAUCCUGAUAUUGAUAUGAGGCUGCAUCGCCCAGCCCUAUUUGUGAUGAAAGUCCUGUUUCCUAUUCCAAUGACACCCAUAACUAUUUCAGGCUAUUUCAUAACCACCUUAAAGCCCCUCAUAUGAGCUUUAAAACAACUUACAAAACUUUCAAUGGCAUAACAAUUUCCAAACUCCCUGUGCCGUCUUUUAGCACCUUCUGGUGUGUUCCCACUGAAGGGUCUGGUGCAGUUUGGUAGGAAAAACCCUUAUCUUGCUUGUUGUUCUACAAUAGAUUGUACCUUACCCUGGUACUUCACCCAGGGAGCGUGUUGGUUGUGUGACAGCCUCUGAGCAGCUUGAGAUUGCAUGUUGAGAGACGUUAUUCAGACCACCAGCAUGAGCAGCACGACUCACCUGAUUGUUUUCUUUGAGCUGUGCAGAUCUUAGCCGAAGAAACAAAGAAGAAGGAUAAGCUGAAGGCUGUAUUCGCUCUACACCUGUUAUGUUCAUAUCACACACAUAAAAAAACUAGAUCCAUUAAUUGUUUUAAUAGAAUUAUUUUAUUCUGAAGUUGUGUCCUGCACAGUUUCUUGGUGCAAGUAACUCUCACUGCUCUCUGUGCCCCCGUCACCGCUCAGUCGGUGUCUGCGUGUGAACUAAGCACAGAUUAUGAACCCCUGACAGCUCCUGGAAGCGUUUCCUGAAGCGAAUAAAAACAUACACAAAAUGAAAUCAUAACUCACUGAGGUAUUUAAGUUUACUGAUCAAGUUAAAUCAGGUGGUUCAGUUCCCGACAGAAGGAUGCCAUUAAGGAAGGAGAGUAUGGAUCACUUAUUUUGGCACUCUCUUCGACUUUGGACAAAAAAGACACUCAAAUAAUUGCUUACUGUAACCAGACCUUGGUGAAAACACGGCUUCUGAGAAGCCUUUUACCGGUGGAUGAAUCAGCCCUCGCUCUCUGAAGAAACAUGCACUUUUCCUUAACAUUUGAGAUAACAAGGCCGUCUUUCCUGGAGUCGUUUUACCUUCUAAUCGAGCUACAAAAGACCAAAUCCUGACCUCAGCUAAGAAGCAACUUCAAAAUCUUUUUCAGACUCCACAUUUACAUGCGCGUCGUUCCGCUGUUGCCUUAAAUAAACAUGACUGCACUUUUGAUAUGAGCUUGUGUGAUCAAGCAGAUUUACCUGCGUCUCACAUUUUUCCUGCUCAGACUUUGGGAUUUAAAACAUGCUCCGUCUAAACCAGGUAAUAGGACAUGUGAUGAAAGUGGGAUUAAAAACAUGCCUUUAAUCUUAAUAUUGAACCCGAGCUUGUCAUGUAGACGCGGGAUUAAGUAGCAAGUCUCAUGAAUGUUUACUGCAAAUCUAAGGAAAAAAAUUGUUUAGAAUAUUCCCAUUUUGGACCUUUUUAGUGUUUUUUAUUUGACUGUUAUUAUGACAGUAUAGAGGUCUGUGAGAGGCUGAAUAUUUCAAAUGAAAAAAAAUCCAAUUCAGAUUUGAGUAUUGCUACUUUACACACGAUGACAAGAAAAUAAACAGCCAGAUAGAAACAAUACUGUAUGAUUUGGCUCAGUGUUUGACGCCUGCAGCCAGAUGUCGUCCUGCUUCAACAGUAGUUAUCCUCCUCACUGAACCACUUCCUAUAAACAUGUUUUCAGUGCACCAUAAGGGACAAUUUAGCAGGUUUCAGGCACGUGCUCGCAACCUUCAGGGGUUUGUUGGAACACGUCGGUCUGUUUUCAGUCAUUUGUAGAUGUAAAAUCAUCACUGUAAGAUCUCCUUUUUGGUCUGUUCCAGCUGAAGUCUGAUUGUUUUUGUUGUGUAACCAAUCUGCUGCAUCUUUUAUAGUCUCUUUUCCGGUCGUCAUCUCCUCGCUUCUUUACUCUUUAAUUUGUUCCUAUUUUUAUCUGUAACUCUUGUCACAGUGCUUCACAAAGGAUGUGAGACAGACGAGGCUCAAAGGUGCUUUUGAUAAAGUUUCAUUUGCGUUUAUGAUCUUAAAAAAAUCAGGAUAGGAGAGACACUUUUAUAAUGAAGGUUUGGCGCUUUAAAAGCCUCAGCCCUUUAAUGAGAGUCUCAGUGUGUGUGUGUGUGUCCUACUUCUUGGCAGUUGGCUCAUAACCGUUGUUUUACGUAACACACUUCAUCCCAUUUUGUCUGCUGUUGCCAUGGUGAGGCUAAUUUAUACAGGCAUUAAGAAUUAGGCUCCUGUUGUUAGCAUGCACGGUGAGCUGACGCUGGUUUUUACACGUUAAUACACACUCAUGCAUCCUUGGAAAUGAGCACGCACACUCUCAGGGGAUUAUUCAAGAGCCAAUGUGAGUAUGACUUGGUGCGGGUGUGUAUGUGUGUGAGAGAGAGAGUGAGUGUGUGUGUGCAGCAGUUUUUGUGAGGAUGUUCAGUUUGUGUUUGCAGCAGUAGAUGAGAGGCUGAGGUUGAAUUUUGGUUGUUAUUGGUAAGAUAUUGCAAAGUUUGAUGUGUACAUUAACAAAACAUCAAAUAUCUUCUUGAAAAUUUCAGCCCAUUUUGCACAUUUUUGUUGUCACAACACCUCCAAACUUUUUAAAACUCUCUCUUUUUAACUCUGAAUGCCACUUUAUAACUUCCUGUUCAUAAAAGUAGUUAAAAGAAGGAAAAAGGCAAUGAGUCAUUUUGUCAUUGAGGAGAAAAAAUGGAGGCGACCUUGGUAGGAGGAAUGAAUUAGAAGUCUGAAUCACCCAAUGCAAACUACUUAACAUGAACAGAGACGUAGACAAAGACAGACUUAUUAUUUUGUGUGUGUGUGUGUGUGUGUGUGUGUGUGUGUGUGUGUGUGUGUGUGUGUGUGUGUGUGUGUGGUUAAGACUGUGGCUGACAGAACAUAGCCUGUGAAUUAACCCUUUGCAUCACAUAUUAAACCUGUAAUUAACUACAAAUUAUUGUUUUAUUUAUAUCUGCUUGUAACUCAGUGACAAUAAACUAAUGCGUGAGGAUUCCAGUAUUAGAUUUAGAGAUGAGUGUCUGAUACUGAAGCCUAGAAGCUUCUUCUGACUAAAAGAAGUGAGAGAUAUUAAAAACAAAUGUUGAACGUCAGUACUAUACAUGAGCAAAGUUUCAGAUUGCGAGGUUAAUGUGUUUUGAAGUAAUCCCUUUAUUGGACGGCAGUCUGCUCUGAAUGGCUUGUUUAUAAAGUCACACGAGAAUUCAGCGAGAUUCAGAUGAGAUCACCAGACAGUAAAUCGCCUCUGGAUUGAUGGUCGGGUCAGAAAGUGUAUCCCAUAAGAUAUUGAUGCUCAUGUUCCAUAAAUAAGAAACACUUCGACUUUUUUAAACCACCUAACAAAUGUUUGAUAUUAACUUUAGUUGAGUAACGAUUAGACUUAUAAAACUAAACCCUAGACAUGUACCAAUUUCCAAACAAACCUCGCUACAAACAAGUGGCUGCUGGAAGAGAGUAGGUGAGUUGUGUUUAGUCUCUUUGCUAAAGAAAUCAGGCAAAGCUAAAAAGAUGUUUGGUGGCUAGUACUAUGGCUGGGACCCUAUAUGUACUGUUGAUGAAGUUAGGUGCUGUUCUGAGCAUUUUUUGUGGCUAUAGAGUGGCGUUUUGGUUGAGGUUUGUUUAUGGCUCCUCAGACCGCUGUGUAUUGCUAUUGUGCGGUCGUUACUAAAGUUGGUAAAACUAGAGAAGCAAGCGGUCUGCAACAUUAUACUACAAUUUUGGCGUCAUAAGUGAUCAGUUCGUCUGUUGUUUUGGUGUUAGGAUAUACCGUUAUUAGCACAUCAUGAUACUAAAGAGCCUCCUUCCCUUCCGUUUUCACUCCAGCUUAUCCAGCCUGUUUGUUCCCCAAACCACUAAAAACACAUGCACACAAACACACACAGACACACACACUCAUCAAGGGUUAUUAAAGGGGUCUGGUAUAAGAAGCAGGACACCUGAUGUAAUCUCAAUUUGUCUUUGUACCUCUAAGGUCCAUGUGCACUAAUGCAUUAGCCUCCCUCCCUGUGUGUUUGCGUGCACAAAUGCAUCGGAGCAGCAUCCCGAUUAAUCUAAACACACUGCACAUUUAAACACACUGCUCACACACCUCGUUGAGGGCAUUUAAGGCUGUUUAGCGUGAGAGCACCAUAGAAGAAGAAGAAGCAGUGAAUGGACUCUGACUGGCAGCUGAAUUCAACAUGGAGAAAUGCUGGCACUGAUCCAGAGCGCACUGCAAGUGGGCAUUGUUGUUCUUGUUCUGAAAGCCUCUUUAGACGAGAUGAACGGUGACACUAAGAGGUGCAGAGGAAAGGUAUUUAUGAUUCAGCGGCUGAACUCAAGUCUUUAUGAGGGGGUGUGUGUUCCUGUGUGUGUGUGUGUGUGUGUGUGUGUGUGUGUGUGUGUGUGUGUGUGUGUUUGUGUCUUUUAGACUUUGGGAACACUGAUUCAAAUGUUUUGAAGGGGCUUACUGAGUCUGGGAAAGGUUUUGAGGCUUAGAUGCGGGUCUGAGCGUUUAGUAAGCCAAAACAGGAAAGUAAAAACAUGCAGUAUUGGUGUGUACGACAAAUUUCUCACUCUUAAAUACAAAUCAUUCAAUGAAAAUUGAGAUAUUUGUUGAUUUUACUUGACAUUAUAGUUUUGAUUUUGACAAAUCAUUCAGUAGUUUAGUCUUUUGUGAGUAUACUGUUCCCCUGAGGUAUAUGUUGAGCUAUUAUCCUGUUCUGACUUGUGUUAGUGCCCUUUUUCCUGAUUGAACAACCUGCUUGUACCUUUUUUUUAACACCUAAGUGUUAAAGAGACAUGAUAAAUGAAACCUACAUCUAUCCACAUCGUCCCAUCCAAAGUAGCUAAAGUGCAGAGUCCUGUCUCUCCUGUUAAAGCAUUAUUAGGUAACAAAAUGUACCGUCAUCUACCGCCCACUGCUCUGCUCUCUUCUCUGAGUCAGACAGUCAGGGAGACAAAUAAACUGACGAAGAAAACUGUGCUGUUGUUGAGCACCCAGAUACCGAAAUGGACCGAAAUGCAUCAGAGCAUUAGAGGGAAAAUUGCUGCUCUCCUCUAAUGUCUUUCACCUGCAGUUAACUUUAGGAGGCAUAAAAGGAUAAUGCAACUCUGCAGCCUAUUUCCUCUCAGCAGAAUGGAACUGUGAUGAAAGCAUCAUGUUAUUUUGUUUGCUCUGAAUCAGUCAUCAAGGUCCGUCCAUGAGCAAUGAAUCAGCUCCAAAGCCUCCACACCCACUGUCCUGACUAGCUCUUUUUAUUCCUCUGUGUUUAUUAGCCUCAUUCACAUGGAGAAAGUAGAAGUAGAAACCCGAUGUGACUUAGACAGCACCUCCCCUUUUGCAUCUUUUAAGCAAAGACUAUUUACUCAAAUUUGCUGACAUUUUCUUUAGACAUCAAGUCAAGCCUGUAACACUUUGAUAGGCAAAAAACACGAUUGCUGAGCCUGUUAAUGUUGAAAGACUUAGUUUACUCGAUGCCACCAUGCGUGACAUGCAUCUAAUCCUCUCAUGAAAUGUGGCCCCUCUCAUGGAUUUGAGCUCGCUCCUUCUAUGGAUCGGUGUCCAUGCUGUGCAGAAGAUGAGAGGGCUGAAUUAGCAUCCAGAAUGCUGCCAUGAUGACUAUUUUUAAUUGCAAGCAAAGCCUUAAUAUAAUUUUUAAUCCUGCAAGGACACAGAGAUCAAAACACCAUGUAAAAAAAUAUUAAAAUUAUUAAAAUUAUGAACUUUUAAAACAACUAUGUUAGCAUGGAGUUAUCUAGGUUCACAUUCAUUGAUGACAGAAUACAACAACCAUCUACAUUGAGUCAAAUUUAUAACUUUUGUAGGUAAUCUUUCAGUAUAGCAUACAUUUUUUUUUCCUUAUUAAGGUCCUUACACACCGGGAACGACACAAAUAUACGACGCGAAAUUAGGAAAUAUUCCGAGGCGAAUUUUGACACGCCUGACCAUACACAUCAAACGCAAUGCGAUUUAGCGACGGGAAAAAGAUGCGUCCUGGGUGGAAGCAAGAAGACUAACACAACACCAGACUGACUGUUUUUCAGUUCUGAUUAGACUCUAGUGUUGAGAUGUCUGUCUGUCAUGACAGCAUGUACUGAGUCAGGGCCAGUAACAGAUAAGCACAUGGAACUAUAAUCCAUAAACGUAAGGUAACAACCGAGACCUAAUGGUGCUGUGACAGCAACGCGACUGAGUUUGAGACAGUGAAAAUACAUAUGGUAUGUUGAAUCUGAACAGGUUAGCUAACGAGCUAAAGUUACUUAGCGCAGAUGAAAGUUAAAACAGAGACGUUUAGCAAACUGUUAAAGCACACAAACCAUCGUCAUAUGAGAAAUCCGACGCUAUGAUUCUCCACAAGUUGUCCUUCAGGUCGUUAUCUUUGUAAUAUUUGUGUCUUUUAUCAAACAGCACUCUGUUCUCCGACACGUAAACAAUCAGCCGGUCGGCCAUGUUGGAUAUACCGGUGAAUCUUACGUCGCAACAACACGAAAUCUGAUUGGUCAGAAGUGGACACAUGGUAUGCAAAACUUAAAAAAUUCGAGUGUGAUAUGAAAAAAUAGAUGCCGCAAUAUCGCAGGAUGGGAAAACGUUACUGAUGUGAACGCUUGUAAUGACAUAAUAGGGGUUUGAAAAAAAAUAUUUGACGUCCAAAAUAAUCGCACAAAAAAAAGCUCCCGGUGUGAAAGGACCUUUUAAAGUUAACGUUAUCAGUCAGCAUUGUAAAUAUUAUAUGAUUAAGUGUUACUGUGAAAAAAAUGAAACUUUGACACUGACUGUGUUCAUUUCCACAGGUUUGGUGCUAGCUGUUGUUACCUUGCAACCUAAACAACAUCUCAACAAUCCUCUAUGUUCGAGCUAUCUCCAGAACCCAGUGAGAUAUUUUUAGCAACAUCAAACCAAUCAAACAGAUUGAGCUGUCUCAAACCAAGGUAUCCAAACAGCUAUCGGUGAUUCACUUCUGAGUCAGAGCCAUCAGAGUCCUUGAUGUUAAAGUGAGCCGGCUGCUAUAAAUAGCCUAAACGAUAUCAGUAUCACAGGCCUUUUGUCCCCCAACCACAAAACAAGGCUCUAGUCUUUCCCCAGGCCCCAUGUUGGGCCUUUGUUCAGCCCUCUGUCCAUCACACUGACCAGAGAAGGGGAGGUCAGGUUGCUGGCUUAAUCUCUUGUAGGAGUGAGGUGUCUGUGGACGAGGUAUAACAACACAAGCCCAGCUCAAGUUGUCUCAUAUCAUCUCGUAUUGAAUUUCCCUUCAGGGAUCGAUAAAGUUCUUCUUCUUCUACUUCUUCUUUUUCUUCUCUGCGUCGCCACAACAGAGUUGCUUCUUUUUUCAAGGUAACGAAAUAAAGACAGGAAAAUAUAUCUGCGGUAAAGAUCACUCUCACAAACACACAGAGUGCCACACAUAAAGAACCCAAAGUGCAGUGUUUAGCUUUCCUUUGGUUCAGCUGUGUUGUUGAGCAGGUAGCACUAAGGCUGGUUUGUCUCAUUUGUGCGAGGAAGAGGAGCAGAGGCGGCAGGCAGGCAGAGCGGAGCUGAAUAUUGAGGCUUCUCCGGCUGAUUCUUCUGCUUGUUAGUAGAGUUUAAUUUGAUUUGACAAAUCUCACUCCCUCCUCCAGGCACUUCUGUAUCCACUAAACUUUUCCUUCAGCUCAGCAGUGAAGUAAUACAGAUUAACGAGACAGAAGUGACACUUGUGCUUCCUCAUCGCAGAGUUUCCACUCAUCACUCUGUUUAUAUGUAACUUGGUGUUUUGGUCAGUUGAGUCAGUUUAUACUGUUUGCAAUUUCUCAUCUCUUUUUCUGAUGCUGCAUCUGGGAUCUAAUAUCUGUGGCUUUAAUGUGAUGAAAAAUGCUGGUGUGCUGCAGGUCCAAAUGAUUAUAUGAGGCAAAGUCAUAUUUUCACUUUACUUUCUUUUUGGUUCUCCUUAAAGGGAUACUCCGGUGUAAAAUUAAUUAAGGGUCAAACACACCGUAACACCGAGUUAGACACCCACUCAAGAGAUGAAUGUUGCCGACUGCUAACAGGGUCCCAGCCACAGCACUAGCCACCAAACAUCUUUUUAGCUUUGCCUGAUUUCUUUAGCAAAGAGACUAAACACAACUCACCUACUCUCUUCCAGCAGCUGCUUGUUUGUGGCGAGACCUCUGUCCAGUCCAUUACGGACUACAGCGGGGUGAUGCAGCUCAAGGAAGAACAUUUAUGAUUAUUUCUUCAUGGAAAUACAAUCAGACUGAGACGCUGUAGUCCGUAAUUGACAGGCCCAUGUCAAUUAUAUGUUAUGGUGUUAUAUUGUAUCAUAUAUCAUAUCUUUUUAUAUCUAGUGGUUUUGUAUCCUGGUAUGAUAUUGUAUCAUACUGCUUUUUGUACCAUUUUAUCAGAUCCUGUUGUAAUGUUGCAUCAUAGCAAAUGUUUGUAUUUACAGCUGCAGGCGACUUACACUGAAAACUGGUUGAAUAUUGUCUCAUCAAGUUUAGGCUCAUUUCACAAAUACUGGCACCCAAGGGGAGAUCUUUAACUGUUAAUUUGGUGUGACAGGGUCUAAUACACAAAAAUAUUCUAUAAAAACUUAAUUAUAGUAAAAGUAGUAAGUGUUCACAUUUAGGAAACUGAAAUGAGAGAAUCUGGGAAUGAUUGGUGAUCAGAAGUGAUACCUCUUAAUUUCUGUUAAUGCAUUUUUUGAAAAGAAUGAGUUUUGCCCCUUCUAAGAAGAAGCACCUGUAUUGUCUGUAUUGUUAUUGUCUUGUGUUGUGGUCUACAAAAAAGUCAGCAUUAUGUUCUGUUAGAGAUUUAAAAUGUUGGAUGAACUCCUGUUAAACUUUAGACAUCAAACUAAUGCCGUUAGCUCCAUGAUCUGAGAAAAUUCUCCACAUGCUAGUUAAAACCAUCAUGAAGUUAUCUGAGUCUUCCCUGCUGGGACUUUAUCCUUGCUGCAUGAUUAUCUGACAGCUUUAAGUGAAUGUUUCAGUGUCUAUUUUCAGCUUGCUCCCAAAGUGCCCACCAGAGUCGGUUCACAUCUUAAGCUUAAAAAAGGUUAAGAUCUGACAGGCUGCUAAAUAUAGGCACGCUGAUGAAAGACUUUCUCAGUAUCAGUGAGACAGAUUAGAUAACUCCGACAUCACCGGGCGGUUUUGAUUGGCUUAUUUGAGGUUUAUGUCUGAUAAUUUGGCCUGAAUACAUCACAAAACGUGCAUUUUAACCCACAGCAAAUCUAUAGUCCAGUCCUCUGGCAUGUUAUGACUCCUGCUGUUGACUCGUGUGUUUCCUUUAAACAGCUGUCAGUCUGAUGAAUUACACUCUCAGAGAAGGGUACCUCUUCAAGUUAAAAAAAAACAUGCGCUGAGUACACAGAGCGCUGAAUGGAAAGUAACAGGACUUUUGUUUCUAAAGCCUGUCUGAAGAGGGAAAACAUGGGACUGUAACAGCUGAAGUAUGUUCGCCGUGGUGUGGUGACAGCAGGCCAGAGGAGUCCAGGCGUGUUAGCACAGGCUCUGAAUGCUGCUCAUCCACAUCGUGAUGCAAGCCUCACAGACAGUGCAUACUUUGUUCUGCAUAGCAUAAAGCUCCUGCACUCCGUUUCACCUCUCUGUUGACAUGGUCAGGGUGUUAAUUGGAUUCAAAAGAUGCUUUUGUUCAAUCUGUUAUGUCUCGCUGACUCUGGUCCUGAAUCUGUCUGGGUGCUGUCAGUGGAUUUGUAAGUGAUGGAUCCGUGUUUUUUGUUUUUUUGUUUUUCUGCAGGAGUGUCGUCCCGUGUCCCAGAGAUCAUGGCGGCUGGCACCCACUCUCCUGGAGGGCCGAAUGGCAUAAUCCGGAGUCAGUCCUUUGCUGGGUUUAGCACACUUCAGGAACGACGCUCUCGGUAAGCAGAAAUACUGAGAACUGAUACUUAACAGGACAAGUUUUGUUUUCAUUUCUGAAAGUGAAAACGGGUGCGUAUAUGCACUGUCUGUUGGUGCAGAGACAAGAAAAAGAGCAUCAAGUCUGCACAAUUAUUCAAUGCCACAAAAAGUUUAUUAGUGUGUAGAAGAGUCUGUGCACUGUGUUUAGUUUUUAAAUAUAGCUUCACAGACCUUGUGAGAAUAAACUAAAUGUCUUCGAAAACUUCCUUAAAAAGUAAAAACUCCAAAGUGUAACCUCUUAAAUAUCUAACAGCCUCAUAACCAGUGGAGUCUCUUAAAUAUUAAUGGUUUGUAGUGCACUUCUGGUCACUUGUUUUGCAUAGCAGAGUCUGAGUUGUUCUGUAGUUUACCCCAGGCAUGCCAGAACAUCUGCUCCUUGGUAUGAGUUGGAUAUGAAAGCCAGUAUCUGCUAUUCACAAUUUUAUUUAAUGUGUGACUUUUCCUCAGAUCAAUUCUCAGUUUGAAAAGCAGUAACCAUGGUUACUACAGUCACUGAGAUUCUUAACACCUGUUGGAGUAGAAAAAAAUGAAAGACGUUUUAUACUUUUUUGAUGUUAAAGCUCCUGUGAGAAUUAUUUUGACAUUUAAGAACUAGACUGAAAUUCGAAAGAUACUUCUUCAGGGUAUCCAAAAGCAAAUUAGACCCUCUGCUCAAUGAUUGAUGAUUUUUACAUCUUGAAUUUUAGAGCCUCAGAGCGAUGGGGUACAUGUCAGCCGAGCAGCUGAAGAAACAGCCCUACAAUUACUGCGCCAAAUGUUCACGAUGAAUGAUAUAUAUACCUGUGAAAAGUCAGCAGGAUGAGAUUUUUGAACAUAAUGUAUUAACAUGAAGAGAACAGAAUAAGCAAAAACUGUUGCCAAAAUUGACCCAAAUCAAAAAUCUGAUUGCAGCUUUAAUACUAGCUGAAGUAGCCAUUGUCUGUCUUUUGAAUACCCAUAAAUAUUUAACAAUUUGUUUAUUUUAAGAAGCCAUAUAUACACAGUCUGCUUUCUUUGUUUGUGUGCUCCUAAUGUCAAAUUGUAGUGCUAGUAUCAUAACAAGAUUCAGGAUCGUCUACACAGAAGGAAAGAAGAUGAAGAAACAACUUCAUGACACCCAGCAGGCCACUUCAAGUCUUGGAAACUGAACACUGAAUAAAUAGUGAUCAGCGCGUGAUCUUACUUUUUAAAAUGAAAAUAAAAGGUUAGGAGAGGUUUUAAAUCACUUAAGUUAAAGUUACAAACUCAGUCUCUGUUCAAGUUUAACUACGGUUAACGAUCCUCACUCCCUCAUCACAUGACACAAAAGACGUCUCAUAACCCUGAGAACGAAUAAUAAAAUUUACAUGAUAUAUCUACUUUUGAUGGCUGUCUGUCCAGAGCAGACUUGUCCCUGCUCAGAGUAACUAUUUGGAGACACUGUUGCCCCUCUUUUCUCACUCAGACAGCGAACAAGGUAAUUGGCUGGAAUGAUUUGGGUGUGUGGGCGACUGACAGCGACUGACAAAUAACCGUUCUGAUAAUGAGCGAGAGAAAAAUCUGCAGGAAUUCAGCUCUCGUCAGUGAGCGUGGUCUUUCCAUGUGUGAACCCAUGUGCAUGUGCAUGUGUGCGUUUAUGCAUGCAUGCAUUCUGCACACUUUGCAAUCAGAAGUCAUGGACUUGCGUUUGCAUCUUUGCAUGUAUGCAAUUUCCUGCCGAGAGACCCUUUGCACACUACAGCUCAUGUGACCCCCAAGGCUACACGGUGCUCUCAUUCAGCGCUGCCCUACAUUUGUGGCAGCUUAGCCUCACUUGUGCUGUAUUUGUUGGCAUGCAGGAAGACGUGGCACGUUCCCACUUGUCGAGCGCUGGAAUUGGUUGUCGCCUUGUAGUGAAUCCAGGAUCAUUUUAUUACGAUAGAGGAAAUGACAUUUGUCAUCUUAAUCUGUAAUGAGUUUAAAAAAGCUGAAAUAUGCAUAAGUGGGUAGAGAUAAGUGUGACUUAAAAUGAAUUGAUGUGAGGAGAGAGGAUUAAAAGGUGGAUUUUCUGUGUAACAGAGAGGGAUGAUUUUUAAUAUUUGAGCACAAAAACUGGGUUUGGACGUAUGAAACCAAUUUCUUUUGACUUUUCAACUCAUCUGUCAAUUAUUUGAAGUAAUUUAUCAAGAAUAGGUGACAAACUUUCUCAGAUUGAAGCUUGUUAGAGGUGAUGAUAGACUCAGUUUUACUGGACAGUCAAUGACAUUGAUUCCUUUGAAGGGACCUUACAUGAAAACAGAAGCUUACUUUUCAUUUAUUUCCUUUUUUUCUGAGGAAAAAGUGUCUUAAGUUUGCUUAAAAAAGAUGUAAAAUAUGUGGGUUUUCUCUUUGAGCCCACCCACACCCCUACUAAAUGUGCAAAAUGGUGUAUCCCACCCUGUACAAGUGAUAGGAUCAGACAGUCUUACCAGAGUCAAAGGAGUGAAGUGACUGAUGCAGAACAUGUCUCCCCCUAGAAAACAAAGUCAGGAUAUGAAAUAUAAAAGACAGGUGGGGUGGAGGAGGAGAGAGAGCAAGAUGUGGGGUUGUUUUUGUCCAAAUUCCUAUCACAAACAAAAAGAAAACACAACUUUCAGAGUUCGAGAAUGAUUCAAGCUAAUUUUUAGCCACCAAGAUGUAAGGUUGUCAUCUUGGUUUGCUGUGUGAGUCGCAAAAAAUAUAAAUCCCAAAACUUCCUGGCAUCAUGAGUACCAUUUCAUGUUUUUUUUUUCAAGUCGACUUGUAACUGUAUGCACGUGCUACAAGCUUAUUCAUCGCACCAUAAAAAUGAACCUUUGACUGCGGUCUAUCGAUACAAAUCAGCUGAUGAACCCUGACUUACUCUGUGUACAUUUGUUUGGCAUCCACUCAUGAGCCAGUCAAGCUGAUUCUGCUUAACUGCUGGAGGACUUCAGGGCCAAAAACUAGGAACACACAAAUGUCAUCAAUGGUCCCCCCGGUGUGGGUUUGUGCGUUCACUCCAGCAGAAGUUCAACAGACACCACACCCGGGUCAAAAAUAAAGAGUAGAGCAUGUAAGUCCCACGUUUGCACUUGUGUGUUAACAAUGUGUCCAUGAGAUUGAUGAAGAGGUUUUACAGCGUUGGUUGUUAUUAGACUGCUGUGUGCUCCUCUGACAGGUUUCUUUCUGCUGAUGGUAUUUGAAUAAUAUGUGGGUUACAUGUGUCAGUCCUGUGUGAUUGAGUUACUGUCGGAUGAACAGACUCGACAAGUCCACUCCAGCUGACAAAUGAGAUGAAUUCAUGCAGAAGCUGUGAGAUGAUACCGUAUCUCAUCUGAUUCUACAUUAUUAUGGAAAGCUGCAGGCCUGGUUAUCUGGAGUUUGUGCUUAAUUUUUAUAUGCGAUGUAAUCUCGUUCUUGUGUGAGUCAUUCUGAAUCUAGGCUUUUCAUCGUCUGGCACUGUGAGUCUGACACCUCCAACUUUCCUGUGGUUCUGUUUUGUUCUUUGUUAUUGAUUCGAGGUUACAGCCAUGUUGAGGUUUGAGAUCAAUUACCAUUUUGAGGGCAAAAAGUCAAGUUUUACAUCGGAAACUUUAAGUUAACCCUACAGCUGACUCUGUUUACAUUUAGCUGGCACUGUCAGAAGUAAGCUGAAAGUGCUGUUGUCUGCUUUCAGUCCACCCAUAGGUGUGUAUAUAUAAUCAUUUCAGCGGCUAAUUUAUGAUGAGUAUCUUCCAAAAUGUCGUGUGAUUUCAAGCACAUCUGUGAAUGUUUAUUCCUAGAGGUUCGAACAUGCAGGUGGUACUGACUCAUAAAAGAAUUCAUGUAUUUUAAAUUUUUCCGAGGUUCACUUAUGAUUAUUUUCUUUGUGUGCGUAGGUGUAACUCCUUCAUGGGGAACUCUGCGGUGCAGAAGAAGCCCCAGUCCAAGCCAAAGAAGCCCCACCUGUCAGGACACAAGGGGGGCAGCAGCUCCAGAGAGCCACAGCCCAAAAGACUGGAGGAGGUUUACAAUGCACUCAAACAAGGCCUACUGUGAGUACCACACACACACACAUGCAUGUUCACUAACUCCUCAAACAAGCUUCACCAUGAAAAAUCUUGUUCUAGUCUAUGAUUUUGAAAAUAUUAUCCAUUAUCUGUGCCAUAUAAUAAAACAAAAUGUUUAUCUGAUCCUUUAUUGAUAAUGUGGUCAUUAUAGAAUUUAGGACCUAUCAUUGUCAUGGUUUUCUUUUCGUGCUCUUGCAUCGCUGAAUUGCUUUAACUUGAGCUGAUUUACAUGGAUGAAAUUUAAAACAUCAUUUUGAACUUGCUCUGAAUCCUCUCUUUUUGUUCCACAGUGAAUAUCUUGAAUUUCAUCAAACAGAGCUGGAAAAACUCAUGUCUCUGAUGAAGGACAUGAAGAGGAACUCUCGCCUGGUGAGAAGCUGCACAUCAAAAACACACAAAUACAAAAUAGACACAGUUAAUACUUGCCAUGGCCACAUCUUUAUAUGCUUAUUCAUUUUUCUUGUAAAAAGUAAGACAAUAGAAAUGAUAUUUUUAUUAUAUACUAUACAAAGUGUCUCCAAAGCUCAGCUAAUAAGUUUUAUCAGUUUUGUUCCCGUCACAUAAUAACUGGAGGGUUGAAAUGAAGUUACAUCACUUAAGGUUGUGAUAUUCUAGCUUUUUCCUCCUCUAAACAGAGCCUGACAUUUACCCAGGUUUAUUGGGGUCCAUUAUGCUAACCAGUCAGCUGAAAAGGGUCAUAUGAUGAGCUUAUUUUAUGUUGGUAUCAAAAAAAGAGGAGCUUAGUCCUAUGGAUUUCUAACAGAGUAAAAAAGUGUGAUGUACCAAACUUCAAUACUUUAAAGCUCUUAUGAGGAGCUUUCUGUUUGUGUCCAUUUUGGCGCCGCUGUUGGAAAAGCAAUCUUCGCUUAUUUUGUCAUACACACAAGUUGCAUCUUCUCACAACAACUCAUCCCGUUGACUCUUGACUGUCAAAUGUAUUAUUUAUUAUGAAUAAUUUAGGUGGAAUAAACAGGGUUGUCUCUUUCACUGCCUGGCUUACACCUACAUCUAGUUAGUGAUGGUCUCUUUUGUUUUUGUAUGUGAGUAAAAGACAUUGGUAUGAAUUUCAGUCUGUUUCAGUAGAGUCAAAAAAGGAGCUUUAAGAAUAAAAUAAAUAGAUUUUUGUAUGAGAUUAGUCGCCACAAUUCCCUUGUCAUAUAGAGUAUAAACUCUAUUUGAUUCUAUAUGUCGUAGAUAAUACAGCGCCAGCAGCAAUGACACUUUAAUUUUAGCAUCGCUGACUCACCCAUAGCAAACACAAUUUGAUUGGUUUCAGUGCAUGCAUUCACUCAGUUAUAUAAUACAUACUCUAACACACGGCUGUUUUUGGACAGCUUUCAUCUGCAGUCUGCGGCAUUAAGCGUCACCUAAGUCGCCUCAGCUGUGCUAUCCAUCUGUACUAACUCUCUGAUCGUGUGUGUGUGUGUUUAUGUGUGUGUGUGUUUUUUAUCUCCAGGGGGUGCUGUACGAUCUUGACAAGGUGAGUUGAUGGAGGGGAGGGUCUACUUUGACAAGCACUCUGACUUUCCUGCGUGUCGGGGGAAUUUUUUGAUGAAAAAAGAGAUGACAGCGAGAGGGCGAAAAAUGUCUCAAGGUGCACGAAAGACGAGGAAGGAAGGAUGGAGUAAAGAAAUCCGGGGCUUAAGGAUGGGUAGCAAAAAAAAAAGCAAAAAAAAAAAGGAUGAAGAGGGAAGUUUGAGUUUUAAGACAAGAUGUAUGACUCUAUUGAAAAUAUUUAACAUUAUUGUCCCUCUUUUAGAGUAAGCUCAGGCUUGCAGACUGAGCCUCAUUAAAGUCUAAGAUAAAGAUGCAUGGAUCUCUGUGAUUGCAUACUGUAUGAAUCCAUAUUUAAAGCAGGUAAAUCAUCCUUUUUGUCUUCUUGCAGCAAAUCAAAACCACUGAGAGAUACAUGAGGCGCCUCGAGUUUCACAUGAGCAAGGUAAGAGUAAUUGAUCUACUGAUUUCAUCCCCUGAACAUUUUUCUGUUCUGGUCCAGCAGCUUAUUUAUAGAUUUGUUUUCUGUUCUUUGCUUCAGUGCAAAAGUUCCUUAUUGCUUUAAUUUCACAAUCCUCCACAGUUGCACAGAAACCACAAUGCUGUUUCAUAUUUCUAAAACAAUGAUGUGACAUUUUUGCAGAAGAAUAUGCUUAUUUGCUUUCAUACCAGAGUUUCACUGAGAGAUUGAUACCACUCCUACAUCUGCUUGUCAUGUGUGAAACUGGUGAGGCUAGCAGGCUGUGGUGUGUACCUCAAGACUGAAACAGUGACAGAGCUCACCUAGUUGGAUUUAUCCUACAGCAGCAGUUUACUUAUUCUGUGUGGUUUUAGUCCAGUUGAGCCAUAUACAUGGAAGAGGGAAUCAAUCGGGUAUGAUAGUCUGGCUUUGAGGAGUUGAAUUUAGAUUUAGAUUCAGUCCUGUUCACUUUGUAGUAGGUAAUGAUCACUUUAAUGCAAGUAUAACAUAUUUUAAGAAGGCUAGACUGUUAACAUGGUGUGAACUAGGGCUGGGCGAUAAAACGAUAAUGAUAUAUAUCCAAAAUUAAUUUCCCUCAACAUCAAUAUAAAACAUGGUCAAUAUGUUUUUCGAUAGUCGGCAUUCUGCCAUGUUUUGGUAGACAAUACGAAUAGCCAAUGUAAAGGGGAGUUGCUCCGGGUCCGCUUCAAGCUGAACCAAUCAUGUGCUGAAUUAGAACCAAGUAGCAAACAACUGCGUAGUAGCAGGCUGCAGCUACAUGCAACCAUAAUCGCAACCAGGUUACAAACCCUGAGUGGAGCAAGGAGCCCAAGGCGCCUGUGUAGCCCAAAAAAGACGACCAUUCAGUCCGCUUUUUCUAGUGUAACGCCUUACGACAAAACGUCAAAGAGACACAAAGACCUCACAGAUGCAGUAGCGUAUUGUAUUGCGAAAGACACGUUACCAAUAUCGUGAUCUAUAUCAAUAUCGACUGGUAUGAAGAAGAAAUAUCGUGAUAAACUUUUUCCCAUAUCGCCCAGCCCUACUGUGUACUCAACACAUCAGCCGUCUCAACCCUCCCCUCAUAGCAAGACCCUCUGCUUCCUGUAGAGGUCCUGCUAACCCUGUUUCAAUCCACCAUAACAACCUGCUCACCUUACAUAAUCCCUCAGAUUAAUUAUUUCCCUUUUGAAUUCGCUUCAGCUGCAGCUUUUUCAUUUAGUUGUUGGAUAAGAUGCACUAACUUUGCCAAGUUGGCCUCUGGAAGUUUUUUUUUUUUGCUGCUUGUCUUCACUCCAUGUGUUGAUUUGUCAGCUGUUUCCAGCUGUUUUGAUGCCAAGUAGGGAAACUUCCUUUCCUCUGUCCUCCUUUGUUGCUGGUUGGGGACUUAAAUCCCCUGCUAGGCCGCACAGCUGAGUGACUCCUAUUCCUCAUCCCCUUUUGUCGCUCCAGUCCUUCGUGCUGUGUGUCAAAUCAAACAUGACAGCAGGCAAUCAGAAUACACACACCCAAACAACAGCGCAGCUACAAAGGUAGCCAUGGUUACACCCAAAAGGAGCCUUUGAAAUCUUUUAAUGGAGAUCCGAGGAGGCAUGUAGUGGGGGGACGAUAACCUUUUUAUGUCCAAUACAUCCUGACAGAAAAUACAAAAAUCACCUUCAGUCGUCUAAAUACAAACACGUGUACAGAACAACAGCACUGGAGACGCAGUGACAGUCUUUGGAUGGUGUCUGGAGGGUUGAAGGAAACAGUAAAUCUGGGUCAGGGCAGUUAUUGAGGACUCAUUUGGAGCGACUGGCAGGGUCCUUAAAGAUGAAAAACCAAGGGAGCGAAGGAGAUGGAAGGAAAAAAAAAAGAAAAGAGGGUUUGAUGAGAGUCAGCUGAAAAUAGGCGAGGUUGUCUUAGCAACUCAAAUAUUUUCUGCCUGCGUACUCUAAAUUUACUUGGUUACAAAGAGAGAAAAAACAAAAGCAGAUUCAGAGCUUGUUCGGUCUUGUGAUGUUGUACAGGAUGCAGUUAAAACAAACACACUUUCAAAGCCUUUUUACUCACAAUCCAACACCAAAUGCCUAUGGUCUUUCAGGUGCUGCAUAAAAAUAGACUUCAAUACUCUUGUAAAUAUUUGAAAGAGCGACUUUUUAUCUUGUCAGGCGGGUAAAAAGCAUGAAAACAUCACAUUCAGUGCAGCGCUCUCAGUGCUGUUUCUGUUUAACGUGUGACUCUCUGCAGGCAGGUGGCUCAACUUUAAACAGCUUAAUGUCUGCAGACUUCAGCGCAUUUACAUCUUUGUAUCUCUGCUAAACAAAGUAGCAGUAGACUUGUGUUUCCCUGUUUUAUAAUGCAGUGUGAUACUCAAAAGCAACUUUUUGUUUUUAAGAUGAAUCCAAAAGGUCCAUGUGCAUCAAUUGUGUUCCUCUGGAGUGUUGCAAAUAUAUAUAUUAAGUUCAUAUACUAGCAGAAUAAGAACUUACAUGACUUCUUUUCAUAAUGCCGUACUGUGAAUUGUCACUGUGGGGCUAAAUAUGCAGGCAGGGGGCUUCACAUAAAGACAUGUCCAGACAGUGCUGUUCCACCCUGCCUGCUCUGCUGUCUCACACAGACCCCUUUCACCCCUGUGGUGCCUUUUGUUACGACAGUAGAGCCCCAACAUCACACCUCAGAGACAUUCAUAAACAAGGUGAGACAUUACAGGGUUACACUGCGCCUUUAUCUGGCAGCAUAAAAAGGCCUAAAAAUGCAUCUUGGACCCAAGAAUCAAACUUACACCAGUGCCAAGUUAGCGAGCAGCUUUUGAUGCCCCUGGCCAGCUCAAUAAAAGCUACAGGCUUAUCACACACACAGACACAGACAGAGGUCCAUCUUCCAAACUUCACCAUCAGCAGAUUGCUCCUGAGUGAGAUCAGUUGUGUAUUGUCCGGCCAAGAGAAUUCGCCAACAGCAACAGCGUCAGGGAAUUGAACAUGGCACACACUCAUACAUAAAGAGCUGCCCUACCAUUGGGUAAAAAGUGUCCCUUUUGUCAAGAGCUGUAACAGAGCUGAAUGAAUUUGCUGUAUGACUGAUAUAAUUCCAAUAAUCACCCAUUCAAAGUUUUGGUCUUCCCAGAUUAAGAGUAGUAUUUAAAUGUCAUUCAUGUUGUCCACAAGAAAGAGAAAAAUAUUAUCCUAGCUGUGGAUUGACGUAUGUGUUCAGGUUGUCUCUGGUGUCAUCUUUGCUAUUCAGGACUUAAUUUAGGAUUUUUUGACCAGUUAUAAUCUUUAUGUGUUAUAUGAUUCAUCCAAUAAACUUAAAUACUGAUUGGUUGAUGUUAAAGAUGGUAUUAGAGAUUUGUAGUCUGUUUGCUUUGGCUGUCAAGUUGUAAGAAAUUUACAAAGAUGUCAAACGAAAGGUUACAAGUAGAGAUGCACAGAUCCAUUUUUUUCCGAUCCAGUCCGAUACCGAUACUCAGACUGAGCGUAUCGGCCGAUAUCCGAUACCGAUCCAAUACUACUGUUGAAUGAAUUAGCUGUAUACCUUGCUCUGUGAGUGAAGGCACCAGGCUUGACAUUAGCCUUGUUAAAAAAGGUAAUAAAUUAACACAGAUAUUAAAUUUACUUAAUAUUAUGUAUUAACAAAUAACGAAUUGCACAUUAGCACACAGCAAAACGAAGUAGGACUUCCACGUAUUAAAGAAAAAUUAAUUAAAAUCGGUGUCAUUAAUCAGAUAUCCGAUCCAGUUAAUUUGUCAAUAUCAGAGCCGAUAUCAGAUCCAAAUAUCGGAUCGGUGCCCCUUAGUAACAAGAACAAAAAAAGUGUAAAAACAUGUCAGGACUGUUCACUUCUUUUCUGUCUGGACCUUGUUUCAGACACUUCGUUUCAGAGGUAUCUAAGGCCUUAUACCAGCAAAAGAAGGUUGAACCCACAUGACCUUUAUAUGUUAACUUGAGCCACCGGACAGGAUGAUUCAGCGAUUAAGCCUCCUGAGUCAGCGGAGCACUCAUCAGGAAACACGCAACAAUGAACUCGUAUGUGCACGAUGGUAUGAAAAUGAAUGGAAGCAAAUAUCCUUAGUUUAUAUUUAACACAUGCACACAAGCCAAACUGGAAACGGAAAUAAACAGCACAUGUCCUCUUCUUUAUCUCCGAUUAGGACAAUAAAGAAACCUUCAACAAUCGUAUUUUCAGCAGCUUUUUGUGACGUUGGUUGCCCUCAUGUUUACCAGUGUGUGUGUGUGUGUGUGUGUGUGUGUGUGUGUGUGUGCGCCCAGACACAGGCGUGUUUCUUUGUGCAGGACAGCUGCCGUGAGGGAUGACUUAACAAUCAUCCAUCAGCAACUUCUCAGGAUGUGUGUGUGUGUCGGUGACUCACAUCAGCCUGCUCUUUUGUUCGUGUUCAUGCUGCUGGCUGCCUGCAGAUGUCCAAAGAGUAAUUGGCAGACACGGAGGAAGCAGGUGGCACAGCACAACCCCUAAGAUGUCCUGUACAGGAUAGGAUCUAUGCUGUGUGUGUGUCCGAGUGUGUGUGUUUGUGUGUGUGUCAGCAGGGCAUCAUUAAACAGAUGAGUGACAGAGAUUGAAGGUGAGGAGAACGGCUGCUCGGCCCCUCCUCAUCCUCCCCAGAGAGAGAAAUUGUGUGUUAAACAUGUGCCAAAUUCAAUCCAGAUUGAGUGUGGCUACUUAGCAUGUGAUUAUUUUAAUAUUGAGUCUUUUUGCUUUCUUUUCCUCCUUAUAAUAGUAAAUGUGCCACCAACGCACACACGCACAUAUACGCACACACACAUCAACGCACACUACACACCUCCCCAGAGAGGGUCUCGUGUGUUUGAUGCUGUUUGAUGUGGCCCGCCUGUUUUAAUCUGCUUAUAAUCACUCGCCCCCUGGCAGAAAGCGUGUGCCUGUGUGUUUGUAUAUAAUUACACGUGUGUGUCUGCCUCUGUGUGUGUGUGUAAUUAUCCUACAUCCAGGAUAAUGGCUGCGUUUUAAGAGGAUUCCUGCCACAUCCUUAAGAGUCUCAGCUCAUGUUUAAAAUCCCUGAGUUUAAAGUCAGAUAUAUGGAAGAUACGGACACAAUCCUUUCAAAUUCACUGAUAUCUUACCUCCGACAGCUUUUUAAACCUGUGUUAUUUAGAAUAUUUCUGAGGAUUAGCCACAAAAAAACACAACUAAAAUAGAUGUAAACACAAUAGAGUCCUCGCACAGGGCAUAAUUGAUUCUCAAGAAAAGAUUUUCCCAUAAUCCUUCACUGGCUGUCACCCACUGAGUUGUGAAUAAUACAGAAGCUCUGUGUCUAUGAUAGGACUCUAUAUCGAAUACAUUUGCAUUUAGUAUUUCCUUACAUAUGCUCGGACUUCAUUAUGAGGGUCCAGAUGUUUUUUUAAUUAGAUGCAGAAUCAGGUUUUAAUAUGUGAUGAGAAAAGCUUUGAUUGAGCUCCUCCUUGUUUUUGUUGCACAUCUGAUCCAUCGGUCUGUAUUUGGGUUCCUGACUUUCCUUUGUUACGUUUUUUUUUAAUUUUCUGGGGUGCUCCAUGCCCCAGGCCGAGCAAUAUCCUGCCAGCCAUCCUCUCGAGUGAAACUUGGCUGACCUUCAAGUGGACAUUUCCUCGGAGGCAGCAAGAGGCGAUUGUAAUUGGGGACAAAAAAAAAGGCUUAAUUAGCUGAUAAUGAUAUGAUUACUGAUUGCAUGAGCAGAAUGACGGCUAUUCAUCAGCUGCAGGAUUUUGUUAGUGAGCUGCAUAAUUUCCUCCGGGUGAAUGAAUAACUCGCUGUACUUGUCCACUUUUAAAUAAGAGCACAUUACUUUUUUAGAUGUUUAGAUGAACAGAGUAGAAUAUUCAUGUUUUCUUUUGUCUUGCUGUAAACAGAUGUGUUUCAGCACUGUCGAUGUCUGCUCACGCCAAUCAGAGAGCUGAGAAUAACAGUUGUGGUCGGAGGGUGUUUAAUAGCCGACUCAGCUCAACUGCUGCAGCCCCGCCACAUACACCACAUACCACAGACAGACAGACGGGGCUGGGUCCCAGUCAUCGGGGGUGCAGGGUGUAGAGGGGGGUGCUGUUAAUUUUAGGUGGAGUUGGUGUUUUUUGUGUGUUUUAGUGCCAAGUUGUUUUAAAAUCAUCAAACUGUGCAACAGAAACAUCCAACUGCAAAACACUUUCGCUUUUUUACCUCCAAACUCUGCCGUGUUCACACCCACCACCUCAAAAAACAUGCUCUCCACACUCAUGUGAAUCAGUCCACAUUGAUCGUCCUCAAACACAUUAGCAGUGUAGCCUCAGACAUGAUGAUACACAAACAAACUCCCAGAAAAAGCUGUCAGGACGGCAGGAGCCAGAAUGGCCCAUUUUCUCCCUCUUCUCCCUAAUGAGAGCCAUACAGAGCGCGAGGCAUCAAUAUUUCAGCGCUCUCCUCAGACAGGCUGCGAUAUUUCCCCUUUGAUGAGGCUCACCAGAGGUGUUUUGUUUUUUUUCGCCCGGCUGCCACUUCAAUCACGUGUGAAUUCAGGAAGCCAGAACAUUUGACAGACAUAACGCCAAAGAUGGGGAUGUGGGCAAGUCGUGGCUUCUGAGAAGAAUUACUUCGAGUGACUCAGCAAAGUAGAUUUUCGCUGCAUUUUCUGCAUCAUGAUGAAAAUAAGACACACUCCUGCACCUCAGAAGAAUUAAAGCUGCUCUGGUUACAACAUCAUUUCAUCCUGAUGGUUUUAUUCCAGCUGAAACUUUAGCGUUUCCUGCUCACAGUGAGGCAGCAGGAUAUUAAUGGAGUCGUUCCCUCUCCCUGUGGAUUUUGGGUUAGAUCAGCCUGCUCCUGCAAACUGGAGUCAGGCAGACACGUCUAAAUGAGCUCUAAGCGCCGUCUGUUGUUCCCCCCCACUUUGGGAGUGUCCCACUGGGGUCGCUCACUGGAACAACACAGGCGUCUGCUACUGCCUGCUACUCUUACACUGAUACACAGCAGCUGUAUAUCUGUUCUCAUUAGACCGUUUUUCAUAUUUUUCUCUGUUGAUAAAAGGUAACGACUGCAGCACCAGCCUAAAGCUGUGCUAGCCAUCCUUGGAUGAACCUCAGUGAGAUGUGAGCACAUCCAGAGUAUUUUGGACGGCAGAGGGAAGUGUUUGAGGAGUUUUUCUUCCUGCCCAGAGAUGUUUUGAUGAAGGACUUCAAACUUCAAAGAGUCAUUUUGUUUCAUAAGAGCAGAAGUGUCUCUCUCUCCCUCUUGUGUGUGCUAAUGACCGGGGAAGUUUGCAUGUGAACUCUUGUCGUGGUAGGAAGAUUAUUAAAGUUGUGUGUCGGUGUGUGUCUCCAGGUGGAAGAGCUGUACGAGGCCUUCUGCAUCCAGAGCCGUCUGAGGGAAGGUGCUAUCAGGAUGAAGCAGGCUUUCUCGUCCUCGCCCUCCACUAAAGGCACCAAGGAGAGCAUCGCAGAGGUCAACCGCCGCUACAAGGAGUACACAGAGGUACAGAAGAUGAGAUGUAAAAGACAUCAUGUCGGACACAAGCAGGAAUUCACAGAUUUUACAGAGGAGUUUUUCAGGAAAAUGCUCAUCAUACAGACCGUAUCUCAAAUUUAUACACUAUUCCAGGGCUUGACAGUAACUUUUUUCACAAGGAGCACAUGUGCCCCAAAGUUGAAAAAGUAAGGAGCACACAAAGACCUUUAGGGGCACAACGAAAAUUGAUCAAAUAAUGUGUGUCUUAUUGGUCGACAUAACUACUAUUAUUUGAAAUCAAUUUUAGGUCUUUUGGUCACAUGACAUGGAAGCUAUUGAAGAAAAUGUUCAAAAUUUGCUUUUAAAUUUAACAUAAAAUUUUUUUUAAGAGGUCAAAUUAGAGAAAUAAAGGAAUAUUUCUUACUGUCCGACCUUGGUACUAUUAUUUGAAAUCAAUUUUAGGCCAAUUGGUCACAUGUAAUGGAAGCUAUUGAAGGAAAACAGCCUUUUUUGAGAACAUCAACAGGUAAUUUAUUUAUGGUCCCUUAUGCAACACCCGACAUUGACAGAGUGGGUGCCGAGUAGAUUAAACCGCGCUGCUCUUGCCAUUUCCAGUUAUGGAGAGUGAGAAGACACUGCUAGAUCCCCAGUGAAUGUCCGUUGAAUAUCCAACCUAAAACUAAUUUUGCCGUGGUAUUUACAUGAUAAAACAUUUGUUGCCUUGGCUGAUUUUUUUAUGCGCACAUGUACCCCUAAAUACAUUUUACAAUUCGACACAUUUAUUUUUAGUCUCAAAUACGAGUGAAAUGGUCGCAGUGUCGAGCCCUGCACUAUUUCCAUAACAAAGGGUCACACUAAUGUAAACUAGUGCUUUACACUGCCAUCUGUAAAUACUGCCAUCUGUAGUCACACACUCACAGAAUAACCUAUAAUCCCAACAACACACACAGCUGUCGUCACCUGUCUCCAGAACUCAGAUCAGCCAUCUCACCUACUUUGGAGUUCAGUGUUGACAGGCUUUGUCCGGAUAACUUGAUUACUAUUUAUGUUCUUGUUCGUUCCGCAAAAGGCUGUUUAUGUAAUCACUCUAAUCUCUGUUUGUCUCCAGAACAUGAGCACCUUUGAGAGCGAGCUGGAGAACCUGCUCGGGGAGUUUCAUAUCAAAAUGAAAGGUGAGGGAAGAUGACGAGUAAACCCACUUAUUGACUGAUUUUUGAGAUAUUCAGGUAGAGGAUCAGGAAGAAAAAGUCCUCAAGAUUGAUUCAAGUAAAAGAAAUAUGCCUAUUCAAAGCCAUGUGCACUUCACUUGGACACUGUAUCCUGCAGGGUGACUCACUGAAAAUCACCAAACAACAUUAAAGUCACCCAAAACUAAGAUGUUGUUUGUCCUGGCUCUGAUUUCCUCAUGUUCUGUCCAAAUGAGUUAUUACAAAAUCAAUUUCCUCUCUCUGACAGGUUUGGCAGGCUUUGCACGGCUCUGUCCCGGAGACCAAUAUGAGGUAAGAUAAGACAUUUUAUAAAACAGGGAAGUUAAAUCUUUACUUUUAUAUUUUAAACAUAUAUGCCAUUAAGUAGAGGUAUUGGUGGGUAACAUGUCUGUUUCUUCAGCUGCUUGGUUGACUCCUACCCUCCCAAAUAUGUUUCAAGCAGUCAAGAUUUAAUACUUAAAUCAUCUAGUUGUCAUCUUGUUGCUUUUGUGUAUCAUAAAAGAAACUGACAUGAAUUUCAGUCUAUUUCAUACAUGUAAAAAAAAACCUUUACAGGAGCUUUAAGUAUAAACUAAGUGGUUUUGUUUUCUUCCCCACCUGCUUCUGUAAUUUCUCUACACUGGCUCCUUUUUCCUUUCUGUAGAUCUUCAUGCGGUACGGUCGCCAGCGGUGGAAGUUGAAAGGAAGAAUCGAGGUGAACUCCAGACAGAGCUGGGAUGGAGAGGAGAUGGUCUUCAUGCCUCUUAUCACAGACCUCAUCAACAUCAAGGUACAAAAUUAAUCCACAUUUUUCGCUUGUAGCAUCAUUUCCUGGACUCCAGCGCAGGGAAAGGCACAUAAAUAUAUCAUCUAUAUGUCUCUAAACACAACCUUGUUUUGAUAGCAUCCUACUUAGGUAAUUCUCCAUCAUCAGUGAGAAAUCCAGUCUAUGGAAGGAUGUACUUUUAUCACACAUUAGUUUUCAUACAAAAAUCAUGAAGACUGCACUUAACGGGCUGUGUGAUGUUAACAAGAGGGGAGCAGUUUCAGUCUGUACAGGAGAGGAGAAGAAGAAGACUACACACGCUCAGGCACUCAUGUUGCGCAACUCCUGCAGUGACGACAGAGCGACCCUUUAGGUUAUUAAUAUGUAAAAACAUCAGAUCGAGCUGCCGGAUAAUGAUACUCAACUAGAAAUCAGGUCUCAUGCGCUUGACCCCAAGCCAUGUGUAGACGGUUGUUAUACGGUGACUGUGAUACUCUGCUCACUUUCACCUUUAUUCAUAAUCAUUUAAGCCGCCUUAUUUAUGAGGCUUAAAACUCACCCUUAACAUGUGUGUAAAUAUGUGAUGGUAGAGGCAGAUCCCUUGAUGCACCCUGGAUUGAACUAAGUCUACAUAUAAAGUUUGAUUUUUGAACCAGUUUUUAAUAUCUUUUCAACAUAAACAGUCAAGUACUCACUUGUUAUCAGUGCCAGAAAGAAAUCGUUUAUUGUAAAUCUUUUGUUUGUUUUUUAUUUGUCUAUAAUCAGGUGACAGAGCUGAAGGGUCUGGCCACUCACAUGCUGGUGGGCAGUGUAAUCUGUGAGACCAAGGAGCUGUUCACUGCCAUGCCCCAGGUGGUCGCUGUGGACGUCAAUGACCUGGGGACCAUCAAACUCAACCUGGAGGUCACGUGGUAGUAAGUACACUAUCAUAUUGGUUGAUAAUGUUUAAUUGCAUGGUGUUAUAUUCAUUCAGUGAGUUGGUUUAUCUCUAAUUCUUGUUUUCUGUAGAGUAUUACCACUAAAAUGGCUCAAUUUCAGACACUCUUUAUGAAAAAUGAUAGAUAUUAACAUCUGCAUAGGAUUAAAGUCCUCUACGUUCUUGUCCUUUUCACAUACAAUAACUGUUUUCAGCGACAUUUAUCAUUAAAUUUGUCUAUGUUUACAUUAUUAGGUGUCAAAUGCAGAAUUAAAGUACACAUUGACAUAGAUAAUGUGGAGCUGUCAGUCUAAAAUAACCUGAUUCAAUUACACAGUUUUGAAUUAUUACAUAGUCAGUAUCUCAACCACUCUGUUGUUCUUGUAGUUGCCACCAUCCUCCUACAGUAACUAUUAAUAUACUUCAAGUGUCUUGCAUUUAAUUUUAGCUCACAUCUCUGGUUGCUUUCUGCCCCCUGUUGGAGAAACAUGGUCGUUACAUGUCGUAGAAGUCAACUCAAGCUCAAUGAUUUCUCUCCCAGAAGUCUCUUGUAGAAAAAUGCGUAGGCAGACAGACUGUAGAUAAUUCGUAUUUAUCAAUCUCUGUGUGCCAUGCUUAAUUUUCUCUUCCAGCCCCUUCGAUGUCGAGGAUCUGACUCUGUCGACUGGAAAUGUGAGCAAAGCCACAGCGCUCCAGAGACGAGUGUCCGUCUACAGCCAGGGCACACCAGAGACUCCCACCUUCCAGGACACCUCUUUCUUUGUGAGUCAAACAGACAAAAACCUUUAACCUUAUUUGUGUUAGACUAGUUUUUGACCAUUUAAAUCCUCACCUAGACUAGAAACAGCUGAACUUUGUGUUUGGAGACUUAUAGUUUGUUGUCCUUUACACCUCUGUAGUCACUAACCUGAGUCGGCUCCUUGCUGCACAAUAUAUUAGAUGUUUUUUUCAGUUGAUUCUUCAUGCUAAUAUUAGCAAUGCUAGUGCUAGUGCUUCCCCUAAACUAACCCUCACUCAUCUCCCUGCUAUCCUCACUCUUCUUUGCAUCUCCACAUCAAACCCCCCUUGCCCACACUCUAUCCCACUUUGCUCGUAUAUCCAUCCCUCCUGUCUCUCACUCACUCGAAUACCCAACUUGCCUGCGUUGCAUUGUGUAAAGAAGUGGCGACCAUAUCCCGUGGAGCGCCAGCGCCUCUCCUUCCUGCACAUGCUCCGAGACACCCUGCUAGAGAAGCUAAGGCGCAGUCGCUCAUUUGGUGACCUGGCCUCACUGCGGCCAAGGCCCAAAUCCAGUCUGGAGGUCUAUGUGAGUGUGUUGUGGCCCCCUCCCCGACUCUCCUUACCUGACCUUUGUGUGCCCCACUGCCUCAGUAACAUUUCAGGGAUGGACUCCUCUGUGGGUGUGGACACAUUAAAGCUCGUUCAGUCCUUUUCUGUGGGCUGCAGAGGGCCAUGUGUGGUCAAGUGUAUAUUUACUUGCAUGACUUGUUUAAAGGGAUAUUCCGGCGUAAAAUUAAUUUAGGGUCAAACACACCAUAACAACGAGUUAGACAUCCCAUCGAGAGAUGAAUGUUGCCGACCACUUGCUUCUCUAGUUAUACCAACUUUAGUAAUGACCGCACAAUAGCAAUACAGAGAGCCACAAACUCAACCAGAAACGCCACUCUAUAGCCACAAAUAAUCCUCAGAACAGCACCUAACUUCAUCAACAGUACAUAAAGGGUCCCAGCCACAGCACUAGCCACCAAACAUCUUUUUAACUUUGCCUGAUUUCUUUAGCAAAGAGACUAAACACAACUCACCUACUCUCUUCCAGCAGCCGCUUGUUUGUAGCGAGUCCAUCGACAGGAGCGGGGUUACGCAGCUCAAGGAAGAAUAUUUAUAAUCAUUACUUUUUCAUUGUCUUGAAGCAAUAAUCACCAAAUUAAAUCAUUUUGCACUGCAGACGCGGUAGUUCUUCUGCCUUAGCGUCUCGGUCUGAUUGCAUUUCCAUGAGGAAAUGAUCAUAAAUGUUCUUCCUUGAGCUGCAUCACUCCAGAAGUCUCUUUGCUAAAGUAAUUAGACAAAGCUAAAAACAUGUUUGGUGGCUAGUGCUGUGGCUGUAUGGCCUGUAUGUACUGUUGAUGAAGUUAGGUGCUGUUCUGAGCAUUACUGAGCAUUCUGAGCAUUAUUUGUGAUGGGGUGUCUAACUCAGUGUUAUGGUGUGUUUGACCCUAACUUAAUUCUACGCCAGAAUAUCCCUUUAAAGCAGUUUGUGUGCUUUAUUUCCAGCUUUACCUUGUUGUGAUUAUAAUAUAGUUGAAGUGUACCGAUGAUGGGAAAUACAGAAAAGUGAAAUCUGACGUGGAUUUUAAAGCAUGUCAGUCUCUGUGGUUCGACUUAUUCAAGCUUUCUCUUUGCCUUUUUCCCGCUCAACAUGUACUGAUUUCAAAAUAUAUACAGUGAAAACCUGAAGUGUGAACCCGUCCAGGAACUUUCCAUAUUUUUCAGUGCUACAACCUGGAAUACAAACAGGAUAUCUGAGGUUUUUACUCUUUGUUUAGCAGACAAGAGGGGUCCAAAAAGCUAACAUGCAUUUGGUGCAUAUUAGAGGCGUCUCUUCCUGAGUUGUAGCAUGGUAAUAUCUGGAAAUUUCAGGGGGGUGUAUACUCGUGCAAGGCGCUGUUUUGAUUUUCCAUCUGAUUGUCAUGCUUACCCAUGCCCUGUCUCCCCUAUCAGGCCACUCUACCCGAUGAUGUCUUCGAGAAUGGUGGCUGCGGCGUAGCUGAGUGCAAGCGUCUCUCCUUCACCUUCUCAGACACCUCCGGUUCCACGCCAAGCCCAAGCCCCGCCCCCAGCUCCCACUCCCAGAGCCAAUCAAACCCAGAGAUCACAGUCACUCCCCCAGAAACCGAACCAUCAUCCACGCAGAUCCUACCGACAAGGGAAGACUCCAUUGCAGAGGAGCAUUUAGAGGAGGAAGAAGAGGAGGAGGAGGAAGAGGAGGAGUAUGAAGAAGAUGGGGAGACAGGGAGUCGAGGAAGUAGGGGCACCAGCGGCAGCCUCGCCAGUGAUGAAGCUGAGGUGGCAGAGGACUCAGAGUGGGAGCGAACGGAGUCCCAGAGAAAUUCUGGCUCAAACUGUGGAUCAGCGGCCCCGUCACUCUGCUCUGACAGCCACCUCUCCACUGUGGCUCCUGAGGACGUUUUCUUAGACCACUCUGAUGAACUCAAACCCGUGGAACUUGACACAGAGGAGGCAGGCAGCCUGACCCGGCAGCUCGUGAAGAGGCUGACUUCUUCAGAAAUCGUGCCUCAGAGUGGGAGCUCUACCGAGGGAGGAGGAGGAGGGAGCCUGAGCUGGGCUGGAGAAGGGAGCAGAGCCUUCCUGGAGAGCAGCCUGGAGGAGGCGAUCCACAGCCUGCUGAUGAAACUGGAGUCACUGACCCACCGCUGCAGAGAGCUGCAGGACCUGGAGCAGGAGGUGAUGCGCCUGGAGGACCUGCUCAAGGUGACUUAACAGCUGUCUGACACUUUUUGUCAUUGAUAAGGGUUAAAUAAAGUUUAGCUAAUUUAAGAUUAAUAACUGGUUAAUCCCUGUCAGUUUCAUUCAUAGUUAUUAGAUGUGUAGUUUGUAGAUGAUAUACAACCAAAAUAUCAGAGUGAGGACUUAACAAAUGUUAAAUUUUGUCAUCUUGAAUUUUCAAUUUUUUAUUUUAAGAACAUCAGCUCUGUAACAUGAGGCUUUUAUUUUGGAGAGGUGUUUAUGUGUAGUGUCUCUGAACUAUUUUCAGACCUUAAAAUGAAGAGGAAUAAUAAAAAUGUAUUUUAUGUACUUAAUUUAUCUAAAGAAAAAAUCGGGGCACAAAUUUUCUAGAAAAGAAAUUCACUAGACUUUUCCCAUUACUUGUCCUGUUUUUUCUAUGUUUUUGUCAAGGACUCUUGGUAUGACGUUAAAUACUGACUGUGUGUUUGCAUUAAUUUGUUUAAACAUGAAGCAAAAGAAUCAUAAAUUGUUGAGCUGUGUACAAUAAAGUGUGAUGAACGUCUUCGCUGGGAUUUGUAAGAGUAAAGGUAUAAAACUCAUUCUCUCCUCUUCACUGUCGUCUUUGCCUCCAUAGUGUCGUCUCCCAGGUCACAGGAGCCGCUCCUCCAGCCUCAGCUUGACUGUAGAGAGCGCCCUGGAGAGCUUUGAUUUCCUCAACACAUCUGACUUCGAUGAUGAAGACACAGGAGACGAUAAUGCCAUCCUGAGUAUCCCACAGAGAUCUCCACUAUUUGAUGCAGAUGGAGAGCGAAUCGGGUGAGAAGUAGAUGCUGGUUAGAGGUGUCCAAACUGAAGAGGAAUAGAGAAAAGUCUUUUGAAGUUUCUCACUGGUGCUUUGGUUUAAGUCAGCAAAUGCUCAGCUCUUCAAUAAUGAAAUCAUUGUGUUUGAGAGAUGCUCCGUUCUGCCCCCAUGUGGUGACUCUGGGUACUCUCAUUUCAGAAGUCAGCAUCCAGAAGCCAGAGGACACUUAAGUGAAGCCUUGACAGAGGACACCGGAGUGGGCAACAGUGUAGCAGGAAGCCCCCUGCCGCUGACCACUGGAAACGAGAACCUGGACGUGGCUAUUGUUAUCCACCUGCAGUACUGUAAUCACCUCAUUCAGGUGGAACUCUUUUACACAUCAAAUAUCAUGUUUUUACAAAUAAAAAAUAGUUUAAUAUUUCAUGUUUCAGCGGAUGCUUGAAGACAUCUGACAUGUCUUUGUCAUGUUGCCUUUUUUCAGAUGUUGACCAGUGGGGUGAGUUUGUGGCAGCGCCGCAGUCUCCUCCUCAAACUCUCAGGACAGACCCAGCUGUUGGAGGAGCUGGCAGAGAUCAGUGUGGACAGACUGGGAACUAUCACAUCUGCUUCUGAUGGUGGGUGAAGACCGCUAAAUUUGAGAGACUUUGUUUUCACAAUUCAGCAUUACAUCUGUGGGAUGUUGUUUUAGUUUUGAGCAGUCUGUGUUUUGUAACAUUUAAGUAUGGUAAUGGAAACUGUGACGCAAAACAAGUCCUUCUGCUUUGAGGGUUUUGCAGCUGCUGACCUUCUCUGUCGUCCUCAUCUCUCAGUCCUCCCAGGCCUGGCCGAGCGCCCGCAGCUGAUGACUCUGUGGUCAGAGUGCAGCGGCUCUGCGGGACUUUUCCACACUACGCUGGACCGAGUCUUCAAACACAUGAACCAGCACUACACAGCUGUGCUGCAGGAGCAACACCCACACAGCUCUCACACAGGUUUGAUCAUAUUUUUUUUCGUUUCCUCUACAAACAAGCCAGAGGGGUAGAUUUUAGCAGAACGGUUUUCUAUUUUUUAAUAUCUGUGAAGUUGAAACCGAGACUCUGGUUUGGGUUUUAAAUUGGCACACAAUAAGUUCAAAAUAGGCUAAAUUUGAUCAUUGUAGUUGGCAAGAAUAUAAUGUAGCCAAAAAAAUAGAGGCUGAAAAUCCAGAUUUUGCUUGAUUAUUUUAGAGGUGGAGUUCAUUUAACUGCAUUUGCUAUAUUUCUGUAAUUUUGUGCAGGUUUGAAAUUCUUGUAUUUUCUAAAAGUUUUCAUUCAAUUUAUACUUUUCUACUCAUCUAAAAUCUCAGCGGCAAAUACUGUACUUCUUCCUGCACAACAGCUGUAAUUACCCCUCAUUUUAAGAUAGUUUUAAUGCAUUUCUCAAGCUUUAAAUACCUUGAUUUUUUCAAUCAAGAUGCUGACUGCCAUUUCAUUUCCUUUGUGUUAGUGAUCGGUGUAGUUGUAGGUGAGAUGGUGGACAGGAGUGACCUGAUGGCUGCACAAAGUCCUCCCACUGCUGCACUUUCCCAAGACGUCUUGACGGUGUUUCAGUUCUACAGCUACAUCUUACAGCAUGAGGUUCAGGACAUGGAGACGCACCUGCUGCACCUGGCCAGAGAGGGUGAGCUAAUUUCAUAUUUUAUAUAUGACAGAAAUACGUUCAGAGUUGAACCAGAAAAAGGUGAAUUUUUUUUCUUUUCUUUCUUUUUUCAAUCCCUGAUAAAUUGAUGGAUUGGUCCUUCAAAAACAAGCUUAAAGACAUCUAUUCAUAGCAGAUAUCAGCUUCAGGAGUAAAAGAAAAAAGCCUUCACACGUGAUUCUCUCCAUGUUUUAUGUUUGAACCUUCUCUCUGUCUGUUUGUGUCACACUCAGAGGUGUUUGCAGAGAUUUUGCACAGUGGAGACUCAUCUGGCUGUCUAGAAGAGAUGAAGGAGGUACCUGUGUCGUCCCUGUGGCCUAUGAGCAGCACUCUGAGGGCCCUGGCCUCCCUGCUUACUGCAGAGGACCCUCAGGUCAACAAGGCAGCUGCAGACUACCUCUCUGCUGGAGCAUCACGCAGCCACUUUAGGAACAGGGUGAGUAGUGCUGAAGAGAGGGAGGAUGUAGGACAGAUUUUGUCAGUGAUUUUGGAGGCAAAUAAGAUUUUGAAUGGUUUUGACAGAUGCCAUGAGCCAUGUUUGAAUGUUUCUGUGUGUGUCUACAGGCCGUGGAGUGCUACACUCAGGCGCUGUCAGAGGCUGGAGGUCAGAGCCAGAGGGCGGCCUGUUCAGCUCUGAGCUGCCUGCAGGUCAGUGACCUCAAACAGCAGCUAUAGUGUCAAACUGUGAAGAGUUAAGAGUUAGUUUAGGUCUCAAAAUAGAUUUAUGAUCUGGGUUUUCAGAGUGGCAUUAUCACUGGGGGGAGACUUGCAGAUUUUUUUCUCAUUUGCCAUUGCAUGUCGAAGGGACAUGAAGAGUUGUCUACUUUGAUUAAUGUUAUUUGCCUAAAGAGUGGCUCUAAUUUAAGUUGUAAGACAAAAAACAAAGAAUUUGUCCAGUGCAAAAAUAGGUAAGACAAAACCUAAAUGACGCUUACACAAAUCGAGUGGUAUCCUCCUAAAUAAGGUCUCCUAUAGACCUUUGUGUAGGGUUAAACUUGUUUUAGCAUCAAAUAUGCAACUAAAUUACACAAUUACCACUUUGAAAGGGUUUUUUUUAUUAACAAGUAUAAAGUCGACGGGUUUAAUGAAAGUUAACUGUUAUCUUUUGACUUUUCUAACUGCCAAUUCUGUAGGUAUUCUGAUAAGAUAGGCUUGAAGCAUUCUAUUUGACUAAAUAAUGUUUUUAUCUUAAUAGCUAUAAGCCCCAAAGAGUUAUGCAACAUGUCUGACAAUUUGAAGUUUAUGUGUCAUUAGAGAAGAGAACAUAACUCAAUUAGCCAGCUGUUUUUUCUGUCUUCUGUAUAUUUUGACUAAUAGUUUAUUCUCUGUACAGGGUGUUUCAGUCUGUCUCUGUUUGUCUUUUUGUCUGUAGGCAGUGGAGAGCAUCAGGGCGGUUGUCGCACUGUGUGACUCUGCAGAUGAGGAGCUUCGCCAUGUCGCCAUAGAAACCCUGCUCACAUUUGGUGAGUUGUAAACAAAAAUUAAAUUUGGCAAUUUUAAAAGAUAUAUAUUUAUACACAACUGCCAGAAAGUCAUCAAAUAUUUGAUAGUAUGUACAAAAAUGGAUGUGAAUAUUUUCUUUUAAGCGUAGAUAAUUCACUUCAUAUAAACCUUCUAGUUAAACAAGAAAAAGACCCAAUUUUCACUGCUGCAGAGUCGGAAGUUUGUCAUCAUUUUGCUUUUAUUUUGUUGUUGUUGUUAACGUUUGAGUACAUUUUAUAUUGAUCUCUUGUGUUUGUGUCAGGUGAGGAGGGGCGGCUGGCGUACGAGCAGCUAGACACAAUGCCAGGGGAAAUCAUCCGUCUGGGCACACGGCGUGGCAACGCUGUCACCACUGCCUUCUGAGCCAACGUGCCACUGAAAAAAACAUCACAGAGUUCAUCUCAGCCCAACUUCUGAAGAGAGCACUCCCCACUGCACACCUCACAGGGCUGUUAACGACUGAUCACUUUGAUCGAUCCGCUUUUAUUUUGGCACAGACUUUCAGAACCACCACAUCGGAUCACUGUUCUUACUCACACUGCCUCCUGAAAGGAAUUAACACCAAACAAACUCUGUUAACCACAAAGACACACAACCUUAACCCCUCCUGCACACGUGUACCAUUUUUUUCUCUGUCAUCUUCACCCACAUACUCCCCCUUUCUCCUCCACCUCCUCCCUGCUUUCUGAGCCAGGCAGACCGGUCACAUUAAGUUUCAGAAAAUGACUGGACAGAGACGCCGCUGAAAUGUACCCCAAAGAUUGUGGAUUUGACCGCAUCUUCACAUCGACAUUGACAAUAAGUUACCCACCACUGCCCACAUCACUUGUUUCACUCACUCACUGACUUUCAUCAUGAUUGUUUCAAAGUUGGUUGUGUUACACGCUAAACUAACUAUAAUCUUUGUAUAAUCACUGUUUGUCACAUUUUUGUUGGUGGUUUUGCAGCGCUUUCAGAAGAUUUGCACUGUUGUAAGGCAUGUAAAUAUGGCAUAUUUUACACAGCUUGUGUAAUAUAUGUGCUUGUGUUUAAAAUGAGAUAUAAGUUUUGUUUUCUAGUACGUUCCAUUUUUGAGUUUCAGGGAUUCUUGUAAGGCUGAAAGAUGUGAGUUCGGUGUCAAGGAGGACCAUAAAGAUGUUGAGAAUGGCUUCAGAGGAAAAAAUGGUUUGGUUCGAACGCAUCAGUAUUGGCUAAGCUAGGCUGCGCUAAGCUAAACUAAGCUACAUGAGAAAAGAAAACAGAAGUAGUGAUGUAGGUCAGCAUAGUGCCCUCAGCUCCCACACUCAGCUGUUGAAAUCUGAGUUUCCUCAUACUUGCAGUUGAACAAGUGCAAUUUUUUGUACAUAUAUGACUCUUUUGCACCUAACAUUUGAUAAAGUUAGCUUCGACCACCUGAGCCUUCGAAGUGGUCGAGCAGACAGGCUCCACAAACACUCUCUUUUGUAAAUGAAUUUUUCCAGCAGGUCAGGAGCCAGUCAGGGCAAUAACUCUGUUUGAGGACGGUGAACUUUCUCAGUGAAGAGGAGGAUCCUGUGUAAAAGGUUUAGCCUUUGUUCAGGCUAACAGCACAUUUAUAGAGUUUGUGAGCUAGUAGCAGGUUAAGGUACUUUCUUUAUGAGAAGCUGCAGAAUGAAGUGUUUUGUUUGGUACGUCGUGGGUCUGUUGAUUUCCCUGCAUCCUAAUACUUACGUGGGAAAAUUGACCCAGGAUUAACACCUAAUUCCAACUUUUCUCAUUGUAACUGUACUACUGAGUCUUGUGCUCGUGCACGGCGACAAAACUCACUUAUGUUCACAUAUUGUAUUUAUUAUUUACUCUUUUUUUUUUAAUGCUAAUAUUCUUUGGAGUUAUACUGUAAUAAUGCAUAAGGCAUUGUUAUGUAAAUGAGUUGUGUAUUUAUGUUCGUUUUGGAGCAGGUCUAGUAUUUGAAAUAUUUUUUAUGGGUUAUGAAAAGCCUCUUAUGUUGUUUCCAUGCAAAUAAUGUCAUGCUUAACGUAAAUUUGAAUUUAUUUUGAAUGAAUUAUACUAGAUAAAUUAUUAUUUUGGAGAUUAGUCUGCUGGUAUUAUAGGUUUCUUAUCCCUUAAAAGGUCCCAACAUAAAGGGGCGUUAUAUAUUAGAAAAGUAACUUUAUUACGUAGAGGAUUCACUAUAACCAAAGGAAGAAUUAAUUUUUAAAAUGGUCUUUUAAUAAGAGCUCAUCACUCAUUAAACAGAAUGUAUUUUCAACAUAAUACUUGCAUUUUGGCCACAAUACUCAGAUUUAACUUUGGAAGCACAACUUGUGAAUAGGACACACCCAUGAUAUUCAAAUUAUGUGACAUUUGGUUCUAACUGCACAGUCCAAAAGCCAUAUUGAUUAAAAAAACAAGUAAUAUUUUUAUGAAAUGUAUUUUUUUUUUCGUAUCAUAACCUGUAAAUGUGUGAAGUUGUAAUGAAAAACCGAUGAGUUUUCUUUUUCUUCCCAUACAACCUUUUGAAAAAUAUGGUCCAUAUCUUAAACAAUCUUUUUUUUUCUUCCAUUAUGUGAAUAGCAUUACAGUAUUUUGGUUAAGUAUCUAAUUCAUCUACCCACUCAGUGUUUUGAGCUUGUUUCCUUUUUAUAAACUCGCAGCAGACCAGUGUUAAGAUGAUUUAUGGCUGUUUGACUCCUAAUCACUGCUAGAAAAGGUUGUCAAAAUGUGCACAUGUAGAGCCCGGUUAUGACAAUAUGCUCUUUCUUAGCUGAAAUUUACUUUUCAGUCCCUCUUGGUCAAUAGCUUCUGUUCUGGUCCAUUUAGUUGCAUACUUUUCUUCUCCAUUGUCAGCAUUUCCUCUGCUCAACAGUUGCAAUAAAGUUUAUUUUUGCAUAAUUUAAAUAACUGAUUUCUUUCUUGUUCAAGUUUAAGAUUUUCAAACUAGUGCUUUUUAAUUUGUAAACAGGGGACAAAUAUCUUCUCAAAAGCUACUUUUACAUUAGAGUUUAAGCAGAGGAGCCAGGUCCGAUACCUAGAAUGUUAGAAAGGGGUUCGAACACAACUUUUUUAGGGCUUAGUCAAACUGAAAAGCCAGCAAAUGUCAGAGGAAAGAGGUAAGUUUUAACAUAAAUAGUAUUAAAUUAAUUGAAACAAGGCAGACAUAAAGAGACUAGUGUCUGACACUAACCCAGACUAGCAGGAUACUUUCAUGCAAAUCACAAAAAAAAAAAAGUUGUGAUUAGCAAGUUAAACAUCUGAGGGAAUUGCCACAGCUUCAAAAAACAAAAAAAAAGGAAAAAAAGAUUUUUGUUCAAGUUUUUUAUUUUACAUGUUUUAUUUACAGCCGUGCCACAAAAGCACAAGUUCACAUUGUAAACCAAAACACAUGAAAGCCACAUUUGUUGCUCUCUGGAGCACAAAGCCUUUCAUAGCUCACAUAUUCUGAUGCAUCACAGUAAGAAGGGGACAGAUAUAAACUGAUCGAUAAUAGCUCUGGCCUAUUCAAGUGUCCCAGCUACUAUGGAGAUUGUAGGCCAACAUGCAUAAAACCAGGACCCUCAAACUGAAGCGGCUUAAAAGAAAUCAAGCCACUGUUAGAGCAUUUACACCUACACCUGUGCUUCUACUGCAACAUCAAAAAAUAGGUCUUCUGAGAAAACACUCACCUGAACUAGAACUGACAGCAUAAGUUAAAAUAACUGAACAAUAAAAACAGGCCCUAGAUGGUUCAAGGAUUUAAAAAUAAUACAAAAAAAUUAAAUUUGGGUACAUCCAAAAACUUGUUUGAGUUACACUCAAGUUGUCAGUCAAAUAGAUGGUCAUGUUUUGCUGCCGAUUCUGCUGACCUGUCCAAGCAGUUCAAAGUCCAAAACAUACAAAAAGAGGUCUCUCUUAAUCCUCUGAGAGUUCAGCUUCAUGCUCUGAGGCCACUCCAUCCUCUUCAUCACUUUGAAUGUAAUCAGAGUCCUCCUCAUUCUGGGUCGUUUCUUCACAAUUUUCUUCAUCAUCAUCAUCAUCAUCAUCUGCAUCAAGGGCAAUAUCCCUCAGUUCCUCCAGGUUUUCCGGACUCUUUCCAGUUAGCCUCUGAAAAGACAUGACCGCUUAUCAAGCCAACAUACACAUACAGAGUUCCCUUUGUUGUCUUUAACAACAUGAAAGUUUAGAGCAGAAAAUCAUUUACCUCAAUCAUGUCAGCCAUGUACUGGACAUGUUGUGCCAGCUCCUGAAGCUCUUCAUUUUCACACUUAAGUUUUGAUAUCUGUUCAUCUUUGGCCUCGAUAUUUCUGUGCAACUGGGAGGAACAAUAAAAAGAUGUGAAAUGAACAUCUAAAAGAAAAAGUAUCUAAAAGAAAAACAGUAUUAAAAGUAUUGUCUCUUUAGUUUAUUUCCCCUUGGAGAAAUAAACUGUUUUUACUGUGUACUGGGUGCAUUUCACCUCA